GGGGGGGGGCGCAUCUGCCCUCAUGGCAGCUGUGUGGAAACGGCAGAAAAACGAAGCCGUCUCAAGAAGAAUGCCUUUUGAGAGGUAGAACUCGUGUGCGCGUUUCAACAUGUUCUCACACACAUAUGUUAACGUGUUUAAAAGAUUCGGGUAGGCUCAGGUGUUGGAAAGGUCAGCUGGGCGUGCUGGGUGCGUGUGAAGGCCGGCCACGCGGCCCCUCGACCUGACGGGACCCGGAGGCGGGCGGAGAGGCCAACGGCCGCCCAGCGUCGCCUCAGCUCGGCUCCCCUCCCCCAGCUCGGCUGGAAAGAGGAAGGCGCUCGAGAGACUCGCCUCGGAUCCUUUUCAAACCGGUUGACAUUGCUUUGGUUUCGACGACCGCCCGCCCGCCCACUCCCUUUCCAAGCGAGGCCAUUCCCGGAGUUGUACGGCACGAAGCGUCAGCGCGCGCCGCAAAAUCAACCCGCGAGGCGGGGGGCUCAUUUUUUUAUUAUUCGUUUUGUAGACUCCCUCCUCCCCCCGCCUCCCUCCCUCCCUCGCGCCUCUUCCCGGCUUCUGGCGAAAUCUCAGCAGCAGCAGCAGCCCGAGGGCCGAGCAGCAGGAGACGGGUUUUCGCGGUGACGUCACGGCGGGUGGGCGGAGCUUCUUUCCCCUCCCCCCUCCCUUCGCUCUCCUCUCUCGGCCAAUGAGCAUCGUCCACAUGCCGCGGCCGCAAGAGGGGCAGCCGCGAGUUGGCUCGGAUAAAUUCUAUUAGAGCAGCGGCCGCCGGCUCAGCCAGCGCCGGGGAGGGGAGCCGGGACGAGGGAGGGCAGGAAGCGGGAGAAAGGGACACCCCAAAAGCCCCGCCGCCGCCGCCGCCGCCGCCACACACAAAAAGGGGGGCAGGAAGCCGGAGAGCCGACCGAGGCCUGCGCUGCGCUGCCGAGCCGGGGAAGAGCGCGCCGAGGAGCCGCCGGUGCUGCCCCGUCCGAGGCGGGUGGGGCGCUUCUGUCUGCCCCCAACCCUGAGGGCGCUCGCACCUCAGCGAACCCGGAGGGAGGCGCCAGGGGCCAGUUACUGACUGCAUCUCCGACGGCGGAAUCAGGGGAGGAAUUCUUUAAAAGGGGGUGUCUCAUUUUAUAACCCCCCCAAAAACCCAGUUUGCGGAGCAGCCCCUUCACCCCCUUCACAAAACACCCCUCGAGUUGGACCCGUCACCCUGAGGGCGGGCGGAGCGGGCUGGGUGAGGCACCCUUGCCAGUCAAAAAGAGGGGGUGCCUUUCUGAGUUGGGGUGGGAGGAGGAGGGGAAAAGGGGCUUUCUUGCCCCCUCACCCUGGUGGUAGCUGUGGGCCGUCCCUCCCCCCGAAAGAUCUCUCCCCGAGGGGGUGCGCGAGCCUCGACUGACUGGCUGGCUUCGCCUUGCUAGAAAGCGCCGGGCGCCCUUCUGGAUCUCUUGUCUUCGAUGGUGACAAAUCCGGGGAGGAGGAGGAGUGGGGAUCCGUAGGGGAAGGGAGGGUGGCGGGCGAGGAAAGGAGUAGAGAGGAGGCUAGUGGUGAGCGAGGGUAGGCGCCGCUUUUUUUAUUUAUUUGCUGCUGCGAAGAAGGAAGAGGAAGAGAGGCAGCGAAGGAAGGCGAGGGAAACCCGAGCGAGGCUCCAUUUGCUGCUGCUGCUGCUGCUUCUCCUCCGCCGGCCUCAGCCAUGGAGAACGCGCACACGAAGACCGUGGAGGAAGUUUUGGCUUAUUUCAGCGUCAACGAGAGCACCGGGCUCAGCUUGGAGCAGGUCAAGAAGCUCAAGGAGAGAUGGGGCGCCAACGGUAGGUCGGAGCAGCAACCCGCCUCCUCCUCCUCCUCGCCGGAGGGGAGAUGCUGCUGGGAUUGCCUCCCCCCUCGCUCCCCUCCGCAUUUCUUUUUAUCGCCAUUCUUCUCCUCUUCCCUCGGCCCCUUCUCAAGGCCUAAACGGGUGGCCAGCCACGCACAGGACACAUCCGCAACCCCCCCGAAAAAACCGGCAUCUGCUUCAGGAACCGGAAUAAAAGGAAAGGGAGAGAGAAGAUGGCUGACUCUCGAUCCACCUCGUGGGUUCCCUUCCGUGCCCCAGGCUUCUGGGGCUGUUCCAGCGUACAAGCUGCCCGCCCGCUUCCCUUUCCCCUUUAACGAGGGCAGAGCUGCUUCUGUUUUACACGGAACACGUUUUAUAUCUCUCCUUUCCCUCCCGUUCUUAGCAUCUUAGCCUAUUGCUUAUUUGACCUUUGUUUCUUUUGUUCUUUUCCUUCCGGCUUGGUUCCUCAUUCCUGUUAAACGCUCUUGGUUUAAAAAGAGGAUUCUGAAGGUGCGGGAGGGGGCGAGAAGGCACACUGCUUUCACUGUGUUGCAAAACCGGCAUUUGCAUAGGAAAUUGUAUGACGGGGCCAGAGGUGAGAGAGCUACCCUUGAAAAGUGAAGAAGUAUUUUCUUUCCUCUUUGCUUUUUGAAAAAGGAAGGUUGAGGAAAAAAUAAAAUCUCUUUGUCUGAGGCUUAAGAGAGGUGUGUGUGUUUAAACACCUUUGACCCUGUGUGUGAAGCUCCAUUAGAAGUUAUGGUUGGCAGCAGUGAUGACUUGGCUGAAUUUGUAACCUCACCAGCUUGAUGCUUAGGGUAAAAUGCUGGGAGCAUGAGGCCUGCUCUCUGUCUCAGUGAAAGAAGGCACCUUAACCAUUACAUUGUUUGUGCCUUUGAUAUUAAGUUAAACAUUCUAAAAAACCCUUUAAUGCAGCUGAGGCUUCAAGUAUGGAUCCUAUUAUACUAGUUUCUAAUAAUAUCUUGUUCUUUCUUCCUUUCUUGGACGUGCUUUCCGGAAAUCUUUAUCUCUUAAAGAGCUACCAGCUGAAGAAGGUAAGCAAGUUUGUGAGGCAUUUCAUAUUUCUACAUGACAUUAAUAGUGUACAUUUGACAACUUAUAUCUACAUUUUUUCUUGGCAGGAAAAACUUUACUUGAGCUUGUUAUCGAACAGUUUGAAGAUUUAUUAGUUAGAAUUUUGUUGUUGGCAGCGUGUAUAUCAUUUGUAAGUAUCUUAUAUUUUUUAUUUCAUAUUUGUCUGACCUGCCAUGUAUAUAAACCUGCCAUGCAGAUUCUUCAAAAGUUCUUAACCUGACAAGUGCAAAAACCAUACCUUUUAAUUUGCCUUAAGUUUUAGCCUUGGGACCGAAUAUCAUGUUUUCUACCAGAAAGUGUUUUGUCUCUGGAUUUUAGUGCAGUUACUUUGACCGCAAUCCUAACCAUAUUUUCUCAGAACAAGUUUGAUUUUGCUGGGAUACUGCAGUUCAAAGUUGUGUUUUAAUAUGGGGCCAGGAUUGCAUACCAGUUAAACCAGAUACACACUAACAUUUUUUGAUACAUAGUAUCCAUGGGAUUGAUGAUAUUUUUUAAUUUGAAGUAGGAUCUCCCAGUUCUUGCCUGUUAACCUUGGCCCCAGUAAGAAGGUGAACUAGUAUUCUUUGUAUGGUUGAUUGUUAUGAAACUAACUGAGACUGCUGGAAAUCUUUUUUUGGAUGCAAUGCAAACUGUAAAUAGAAUUUGCAUGGGGGAAUAUUCCAGUUGCCUUCCCUCGCUGAUAAUAGCAAGGUGACAGUUGUUGCUCUUGACAGUGACAAGAAUGAUGACAGCAGUGAUGGCACCAUUGUUGACCAAAUUUGGUAACUGACCUUUGGGAAGCCUCCUGCGUUGCAUGCAGAAUUGGUAGGAUGGGACUGUGAAACCGGUUCUGGAUAUUUUUACUUCUUCCUUAUUUAAAAGCCGUUGAAUAGAACAUUGCCUGAUGCCAGGUCUGUGUUUGCGGAGAAACAGUUAGAUAUGCAGCAAAGAUCGAAACAGAGGGUGGUCAUGGUUCACACAUUCUGACAUGCUGAAAAGGAAGGGGUAAACUAUAAAAGCGUUACAUGUGGAGAUGAUACUUAAACAGGUUGGCAUGGUGCAAAUGGUAGUGUUCUCUUUGCCGAGACUUUAGCUCUAAAAUGCUUGGUAGCAUUGGGCAUGUAGUGCCAGCCUAAACUAUGGACAGGGUUGAUGUGAGGAUGAUGGAGAUAAAGAAUGUACAGCGCUUUGUAACCUGAAAGGUAGGUUAGAGAAGGCUGGGGUUUGUAGGACUGUGUGCACACCAACAUGUGCUUUCAUUAUAUAUGUCAACUCUAGAGUUCCCCUUUAACUGCAGCUUUUUGUGACAUAUUAGCAGUUCUGGAGAGCCCCAUUAUUUCCAGGAGCAGCUUUUCAGGGAUCACAAGGCACUGUGGUGGGAAGAAGGGGGUUUAAAAAUGGGUUAUAUGUGGAACCUCCAAGAUAGCUCUCCCCAAUUGUGGAUUUAUGUGGCAGUUUUCAGAGGAACUAAAUUUAAUCUUUGGGGCCUUUUUGGAAGCUAUAAGAGUAGAAAACAGUAAAUGGUGCAGAGCUCUCUUAAGUGUUUGCAAAAUAAUUGUGGCAGUAGGAAAUACGAUCCGGAAAAAACAGGUGAGAGGAGGGUUACCCCUUGUACUAAUAUGUAGCAUAGCAUGUUGCUGAUCUUGAGCCAGUGAGGGUUUCAGAUAUCUUGACACUGGCAUGUGCUUUCAAAGAAGAUGGUCUUCAGUUCUGGUACUUAUGCAUCAUUGCAGUUAGUCAAAGCUUGGCACUGAUUUUUCUUGUGGAGAUGAUUGGCUUAGUCAUUCUGGUUUUUUUCUUACGAAAGUUAACUAUGUAUGACUAUGCCACUUUAAAAUGAGCGAACAUUUUAUGUAAAGGAAGUUGUGAGUAUGAGAUGAGACCAACCCAUUUUGGGGUUCACUAGAAGGUAUGUUAGUAAAUGCGGAUAACUUGUGCAUAUUCAAAAUACAUUUGCAGUUUUAAAAUAGCAUUAUUGGUUAUAAACCUGAUUUUGAGUGACAGUCCAUUAUUUGUGUUUAUGAUUUGAUUAGAAAUGCUCAAGAAUUAUGCAUUCUGAAAGCGGACAAUUAGUGAGCACUACGUCUGAAAAGUUGUGCACGUUAACAACGUGAGAUGACAUGCCUUGACUUACCAUGCAUAGAAUUCCCUACAGUUAUUAUAGCGUGGGUUAGGUUUUCCUGGAAGAAUCUUUCCUUAAACAAUUUCCAGGAAGCAAACCAGUGAAUUUAUUUCUCCAGAAUAUAUUCUAAUAUUUUGAAACUGAAUCUGGGGGAUGUUAAUUCCAGAGUUAAAAGCUAGCACAAAAAUGUGAAUAAUUUUGCUCUCCAUAUAGUCUUAUUUAACUGAAUUAUUAAAAGUUAUUGCUAUACAGUGGAACCUCGUGUUACGUACCACCCUCCUUACAAAUGCUUCGGGUUACGGGCUCCGCUAACCUGGAAGUAGAUGCCCUUUGUUGCGGACUUUGCCCCAGGAUGCGAGCAUAAGUCGAGCAGCGCGGCAGCAGCGGGAGGCACCAUUAGUGAAAACACGUCUCAUGUUAAGAACAGUUUCCGGUUACAAACGGACCUCCAGAACAAAUUAAGUUCAUAACUGGAGGUACCACUGUAAUCUUGAGGUUUAAUUUUAUGCUGAUUUCAGUAAUGUAGGCCUGUAUAGAGUAUAGAUCAAAGAUACUUGUGUUAGUUUACUCACUAUUGGCUAUUUUAUUUUUAAAAAUGACUGUAAUCCUUGAAUAGUUGCUCUUGAACAAUUUCUUUGGUUAAGGUUGCAUGUGGAUGUUGAAAUGCAAUCCUAGCAGAAGCUUUUGAGAUUGUCUUUAGAAUUGCUAAGUUUCCAUAGGUCCAAAGCUGACAAUAUUCUAGCCUAUAGGCUUUUUGACACCACACAUUAAACCAUAGUUUGAAGAAUAAAUUGUUUCUGUGUGAAUAAGCUAGUGUGCUGGUGCAUGCUGCUGAAAAGUUCACACUGAGUUCCUCUGCUCUGCCACAGGGAACCAAGUAGGAGUCUGGCUUGUUGUGAUAUCUGAAACCCAGCUCAUGGUUUGAUUUUCCCCAAACAAACCAUGAUCAGUAUUCUAAAAAUAAACCUUGGUUACUACUUGUGGCUUAUUUCUCUCCAAACAAUGAACCUGGUUUUAGACGUCAUGACAAGCCAGGCUUGUUUCCUGGCAGUGUAGCAGGAACUGGGGAGGAGUGGAGCAAGAACUUUGAAUGCACCAGCAUACUGCAUGUUCACAUUAAACCUUUUUAGAAGUAUGGUGUAGUGCAGUGAUGGCCAAACUUGGCUCUCCAGCUGUUUUGGGACUACGACUCCCAUUGUCCCUAGCUAACAGGACCAGUGGUCAGGGAUGAUGGGAAUUGUAGUCCCAAAACAGCUGCAGGGCCAAGUUUGGCCAUCACUGGUAUAGUGUAACAUCUGUCAUGUCUGCCAGUUGGUUGAAGUGUACAAUAUAGAAAAAAGUAUUGCACUCACUCAGAGACCUGAAAAAGAUGCUUCCUCACUUUUUUCCUUGAAUUUCUGAUGCAAUUUGGAAUCUUAAUGUUGGAACAAAGUAUUUAAAGGGCCCUAAUAGUGAAGUGCACUUGAAUAAGCCUCUUCCCUCCAGAAUAAUGGGAGAACUGUGCUCCUGAGGAGUUGUGAUGAUUAAUUUACAAAGAGGCCAGGCAGUGCUUAAAAGGACAACUGUGAAGUGUACAUUAGGGGAAAACGUGGGCCUAUAAAUUUUGCAUUUCCCCUCUGAGGGAAAUAAGACAGUGUCUUUUAACUGUUUCACUGCAAAACAAGCAUUUUACUUAAAUACAACCUUCCCCAAUCUUGGUUCCACAGACUGUAGACUAUAGCCCCCAUCAUUCCCAACCAGCAUAGCCAAUGCUCAGGGAUGAUGCAGUUUGGUCCAACAACAUCAGAGAAAACAAGGUUGUGGAAGGUUACUUUAAUGUGCAGAGAAUUAUGUAUUGUGUGUAAUUCUGGAUGAUUGUAUUUUGCUUCUAUAUUCAUAUGUUCAGGUCUGUAAGUCUAUAAAAAUAAGAAGAAGAUGCAACUUCCCCUUUCUCUGCUGAUGAGUGCUUGCUACAUGUUCGUCUUGAACAGUCUUGUUGAUGAUUUAAAACUCAGAACACCCAAAGUUUGUGUGCAUGGUGCUUUGUUUGUAAAACAAGGACAGAAUGUGAGAACCACUACCCUAUAGAUUAGGAAAAGUAGUACAUGCAAGAGAAGGAAAAUAUUGUGAUUCCAACAAAUGAAAUUAUAAAUAUUGGACUCUAUGGCAGGAAUCUGGUUCAUUUUUAUGAACCAGUGUGGUUGGUGCUGGAGUAGAACUGGUUUGAAUCCCUCCUUAGCUGUGAAGCUCACUAUGUCAUCUUGGGGCACACUAUUAUCCCACCUCAAAGGGUUCUUGUGAGGAUAAAAUGAGGUGAACCUGUGUAUUCCACCUUAAGAUCCUUGGGUGGAAUAGUGGGAUAAAAACAAUACAAUAUUCUUUGCCCUAUGAAAGUAUGAUGCCAUAUUGCCCUGACCAGUGGCCUUUCUUGUGUUGUCUAAUUUGACGGGCAGUAGCUCUUGAAGGCCUUGGAGGUGUUUCAUAGCUGUGCCACCUAAGAUCCUCUCACUACAGGUUGUGUGACUUCUGGAGGUAAAGGAUGUGCUCUAUCGCUGAAUUAUGCUCCAUUGUCAGGGAGGGCCUUUCUCUAGCACCAGUUCCUACCAUAUUAGCCUUGAUUCUAUAAUGCAGUUUGGGAGAUGUGACGUUACUUAUUUUCCUGAACAAAAAUGGCUUGCUGUGCUUCUAAUAGUGACCAUGAAAUUGGCAUGGGCAAUUUAGUACACACAGUUGUUAUCCUGGUGCUGGAGAAUAACAGAUGCAACAUAGAUAAGGUUAAGUUAUUGGAACAUGAAGGAUCGUCUUACUCACUUGUAUACAAAGACACAAUCCUUCAUAAUAAGCAUUCAUACACAGUGUUCUAGCUUCGGCAUUCUCUGACCUCUGAGAAUUGGCCUAUGUAUCUGAUGUUGCUUCUUACAGAGUAGGAUACUUGUAGCCUAAAUUACACAGCCGCUAAACCAAUAGCCUCUUUUUUCGUAACUCCAGUAACUACAAAUAAAAUCCUGCUCUCUGGCAGAUUGAACUUAGUUUUGUUAAUUUUGUUGAACUUAGUUUUGUUAAUUUUGUUAAACUUUGAAACAGGAUUGAAGAGAGAUUCUAGCAGAUGUGAUCUAUGCUUAUGUGUGAUAUGCCAAAUAGCGGAGAUUAGAAAAUAUACGCUAUAUGAGAGUUUAGAAAGGAAGGUGGCUUUAUCAUUCUUUUUAGAAAUUUGGCAAGCUUUAAACAUUGAGUAUUUUUAUCAAGUAUUUGAUAUGCUGUAAAGCAGGUACUGUAUCUUCAACCUUUUCAGACGCAGCACCCACUUUUAACCCAAACAUGCAUUUGGGGACCCAUUUCUUAAUCUUUCACCAUAAUAUUUGUGUAGUGGUAGUGCUCCUAUUACGGCCCACCUUGGAUCAAACUGUGACUGACUAGUGGAUCCUGACUCACCAUUUGAAGACCAGUGCUGUAAAGAAUAAUAUGUAAUGUAUUAAGAAGCACUGCAGUAAAAAAUUAUAAAAGAGGGGUGUUAAAGAUUUUACUUGGUUAGUGUAGAAGAGGGGAUGCAGCUCAUUUUAUGUGGCCUUGAAAGCUGGCUUGAGUUAUUCAUUUCUCUACACCAGACAGAUUAAGGGAAUGAUCGAACAUGUUAUAUAAAAUGGUGAGAAAAGUCUUGGUAUGUAAAAGUGCUGCCUGCAUUCUGAUAAAAAACAUAAUUUCCUUUUAUAAUGACCUCCUUUGACAACUUGUGGACAUUUCCCCUUCAAAUUUGUUUUCAGGAGGCAUCUGGAAGUCACGUAAUCAUCUUAUUAAUUUAUUCACUGCCAUUUUGACCAUGUAUUUGUUUGACAGACUUGUAACAUAAAUUAGCAAUUUACCUGACAAAAGUUUUUUAAUGCUUGUAGAAUACCUAAUCCUAUUGUGCAUCUAGCAGAAUGGGCACAGUGAUCAACUAAAUACAUCUUUGGUCCCAAAACUGCUUAGAAAAUUAUCUUUGUGGCAGUAUUUGGCUACUUCACUGUGUGUAGCAUUGGAUUAAAGAUAAUAUGUAAUGGGAAGUACUGUAGAAUUUUAAAGAACUCGCUUAUCUUAAGAAUGUGUAGCUUUCCUCCCUCCAGGAUGUUUUAAUUAGUUUGAAGAAGCCUAGAACCCAGCCAGAUGAGCAGCUAAUAAAUUAUUAUUAUUAUUAUUAUUAUUAUUAUUAUUAUUAUUAUCUGAAUUAUAGCAAAUGGUAUGUACAGAAAUAACUGAUAGAAUAUCUAAGUGGUGGGUGCUCCUCUAUUGACUAACUUUCUGUAACAACUGAUAGGGAGAGUUUUUUGGCUGUGAAUCAUGGAAAGAGUGGAAAUAACCUGAACUGAUUGUGGACAGUGUCUCUAGGGCAAAAUAAUUUGUAUGGGAUAACUUGUUAUCAAAACUAUUGCAAAGGAAUGCUUUAUCUGUUUAAUUUUAAAUGAAUUAUGGUAAAUUAAUAAAAACAGUAUGCAAUAAGAGUCCAUACAGCACUCCAGAGAGCAUGAGUAAAACAAUAGCAUUAAUAAGGUACUGUGAAUUCCAAAAAAGUACUAAAUGUGCAUAAAAACAACAACUAAUUUUAGAGUUGGACAGAGACGUGAAUCCAGUUAAAUGAGAAUGGCAUACCGUCCAACAUUUCUCCAGUGAAAAUAGGGAUGUCCUAUUCCAUAAUAAAAAUGAUAAUAAAAAUUUGAUUACAGUAUUUAUACCACGCCCAUCUGACUGGGUUGCCCCAGCCACUCUAAGCAGCUUCAAACAUAGUGAAACAUUAAGCAUUAAAAAUCUUCAGAUGUCUUCUAAAGGUUGUAUUUAUCUCGUUGGCUUGGGGUUUACAUAACUCGGUACCUUCCAAUGAAAAUAGGGACGUCCUAAGGAAAAGCAGGACAUUCUGGGAUCAAAUCAGAAACCAGGGCAGCUUCUGUAAAUGUGGGACUAUUGCUGGAAAAAAGGGACACUUGGGAGAGUCUGGAAUUGAGUGGGAUGCAUGUUCUAUGUGCUAUUUUUUAUCUAGCACUUUACAAUGUUUGUAAUGCUAAUCUCAUUCAUGACCCAAAAUCAGAUCUUUAGGCUUGUGGGCAGUGAAUUUAAUUCUGCUUUAUUUCAGAAUUAGUCAUUAGGUACAGCACUGGUCCAUUAGUAUUACCCAUGUUUGUGUUUAGCUGAUCUUUGGAGGCUCAUGGAAGCAGUGAGACUUGCUGUUUUCAAGAACCUCCAAAGACCAACUCAGGAUCAGACCCAAGCUGGGGCAAGUGUUCACCUAUAGUUUUCACUGGUGAGUUCAUUGUGACUAGAGUACAAAUCCUGCACAGAAAUAUAUUAAAUACAUAAUGGCAUAGUCUUUUUUAUGUGUGAUGACAAUUCUUAAGAACUGGUCUGCCUACCCCCAGUUGUUUUAUAGCAGACUGCUUCUACCAAGUCUGUCAAAUGCCCACUAGAAGCUUUGACUUUUCACACAGCCAGUAGCCACACAGGAAGCCCAAGUGCUAACGUGCCAAAACGUUCACAUUUGUCUUUCCUUUUCAAAGCUUGGGCCUAUAUCAUGUUAUACACUAAGCUGAGUCUUACAUGGCUGAAUACACACAAAAUGCCCUGCACAUAGAAAGCAGGUUGUCCAGGAGUAGGAUUUUAGGAUAGCAUGUUGGUUUUCUGUGUGUGUGCGAGAGUGUUUCGGGGGUGGGUGGGUUCUGUCAUGUGAUCUCUUCCCUUCCAACCUGAAACAAUCCAAGCUUGCCACCUCAACUGAUUGCUGUUUGUGAGAACAAGUGGUCAUUAAACGUGUGUUAAGAGUCUUGUGUGGUAUGGAAAUGUCACACACUGUUGUAUGAUGUCUGCUAUGUAGUUCAGAACUUAAAAGGUGGCAAACAUGAUGUUUAGAGACAUUAAACAUUUGAUACCAAUCUGCAUGUACGUUUUCAGGACUUGCAAAUAGAACUAUUCAUAUUGGGCAAAAGAUUCCUGCAUUGCAGAAGGUUUGACUAGUUGACCCUUGUGGUCCCUUCCAACUAUGACUCUAGGAUCUCAGAGACUCUUGACUCCUAUAGCUUACUAUUCCAUGCCCAUCCCUAGUUGGUGUACCUAUUUGCUUCAGGUCUCAUAAUCUUUUGUAAGCAGCAGUGGUAUUUUAAACAUUUUUGGAAGGUUUAUGAAACAGCACAUAUUACUACAACUCAAAGAACCACUUCUAAAAGUCUUAGCAAUAUAAAGCCGCAAUCCUAUAUCUGUGUAUCUGGAAGUAAGGCCAUUGAGCUUGGUAGAACUUCAGAGCAAGAAUCCCAAUAUAAAGGGAAUAAUGAUAAUCUAAUCAAGAUCAGUUCAUAGGACUGCUUUGUGGUAGAAUUAAAAAAAAAUGUUACAAGAAAUAUCAAGACAGUUAUUUGUAUUUACUAACGAUUUUAUGGUUUCAGUGUGUAUAUUUUGAUUGGUUUGCUUGCUUGUGGGGAUCUUGUGAUGAUGUACAACAAAUAGUCUAAAUAAUUAAAAUAUGCUAAAUUUUGUAUUUUGCUAUAAUGCCGGCAAACGUUGAAGUUUGGCUUUAAAAUGCAAUACAUGAGUGACUAGUUUAUAAUUUGUGAAUGUAGAGAAGAGGAAAGGCAGAUGGCAGCUACAGUGAAUCUUUACAUAGAGUUCUCCAGUUUCAACUUUUUCAUGUUAAUUGUACUAACCUCUCAUAAAGGAAAUUGUUCAUUAUAAGGUUGGCACAGCUCAUUGUUAAAGAUUACAUCCUCUUUGGAAGAGAAAAGUGAGAUGUAAGAUGUGGUUUUUGUAAUUGGUGCUUUGUAUCUAGCAAGGUGUCUAAAAUCAGCAUGGCUGCUAUUAAUGAAAUGAACCAUUUGACAAUUUUAGCAUUUAUUUUACACAGCAGGUUUCUAGACCUCACAAUUCCUUAAGAAAAAGCUGCUGUGUAUGGGAAACGUCAGCAAAUGCUUAUAAGAGUUUAGGAUGGGAUAUUUUGGAACUGGUCUCACUCCCUUCUUGUGGCCUGGAAGUCAGUUAUUUGUGUUCUCAUCUUCUAGUUCCUCCUCUAAUUGAUGCCUCUCCGGUGCCCAUUGUCUGUGCUGGGUAUUGUAGAGAAAGGUGGAUCAAAAGAUAAUCAGUUUAUCAUGAGCCAGAAAUUAAAGACAAGCAUGAAACAUGUAGAUAUGUAUACAGUGGAUCCUCAGGUUACGUUACCUUCGGGUAACGUAACUUUCAGGUUGCAAACGCGGCAAACCCAGAAGUGUAUACUUCCGGGUUUCGCCGCAUGCGCAGAAGUGCUCUAUCGCGCUGCGUGUAUGUGUAGAAGCAGCAACUCUAGAUGCAGACUUUUGGGGGUACAUACGGACCCCCGGAACAAAUUAAGUUCGUAUCCAGAGGGUCCACUGUACUGUAAUAUAUUCCCUGUGCCUCAGUGGGAGGUAAUGUGCCUAAAAAUCUGGAUGAAUUGUAUUUUCUUGAUUUUCUUAUUUUAUCUUUUUGUAAACCACUUUGAGAGUAUUUUUACAAUGAAGUAGUGUAUAAAUUUUAUGAAGUGAAUUAAUCAUCUUAAAUCAGUACGAAAUAUUUAUUGUUUUUAUUUUAUGUCAUAUUGAGCAUGAUGGACUUUAAAAAAUUGGCUGUCUUAGUGGUGCUCUUAUUCCAUUGAUAGAUGCCAUUGCAGAGGCAUUUAAUCUCUUAUUUUAGUACUAGGAUCCUGAAUACUUCAGUCACAUCAUAGCUGUAUAACUGGAGCUCCAUCAAGUGGCUAAUGAUAAGUUGUAGCAAUAGCCAUUUAAAAGAGCCAAGAUUAAAUUUAGGAGUGAAAUCUAGAUUCUGCAUUCCAACCCACCAGAAGGUGAUUUUCUAAUGAAAUUUUCCUCUAUUUAAGAUUUAUCAUUCCCCUCAAUCUAGAAACUGCCUUCCCUAUAGCCUUUAGUGCAGUACAGCAUUUCCUCCAUUCUCUAUUUCCCACAGCCUGUGUACCCACCUGGAAAAUAGUUCUACUUAACAAGAUUCCUCUUCUUUCAGCUUCCUAUUGACUGGCUUCCAAGCACUAAUGAUUUCAGCAUUAUUAAGUUUGUUGAUUUUUACUUCCUGUUGCAUAAUAUGUUGAAUAUAGUAGUAGAUAUUUUCUGCAUUAAUCGUUGCAGAGUUUGAUACAGGCUACCAAGUAAGUGUAGAUUAAAUGAAAUUUUGCCUGUGACUCUUAAGUACCCUAUUCAGUGACCUGGUUCACAUGUAACAUUAAACCAUGGUUUAGUGGCGCAUGUGAACCCAGCACAGCACAAGCCAUAUUUUGUUGUUGGCUCCCUAACUUUAAUUAUGUUUCAACAUUGUGGGUGACCCCAGACAUUGUAAUUCUUUCAGUUUGUAUAAGGAUUUCCACUGCUCUUGCAUAUUCUUCCCGCUGAAAGCAGCUCUUCAUGUUUGUGUUGGAGAUGGUUUCUGAAAGUGGUCUGGGAUGACUUCUGAGGCAGCACAGGAAACGCUUUGGGGAAAACUAGGGCUCAGGGGCUCAGAAACCUUUUGAUAAAGGCAUUUAUCUACCUAAGAUCAAGUUUCAUUUUUUAAAGUCUAUCAUGGAUUUUUAUAAUAUCCAGUAGCUAUGGGAGCACCCAUGUAGAUACAAUCAAGGAACUACAUGUAUUCAAGAGAGUACUUGACUGCAUUUAGCUGUAAAUAAUUAGGAGGGCACUUUCCUACGUUUCCUGAUAUUAAAGUAAAUUAUUCUUUAUGUUGAUGAAUCUAAAUAAGGGGAUAGCUGCAAGCUGAGCUUGAGCUCUGUUGGGUCUGACAUCUUUUUAAAAAAUACACACAUGCAGUAUUGUAUGAAAUUUUGCUGAGACAUUCCACACUUCUUCCAUUUUUAUGAUUUAAUCACUUUGGUUUUUCUAGCGCCCUGUCAGUAUUUUAGCACAUAUGCGCCUCUUAACUGUGUGGCGACCUUAUCCAGAAAAUGUCAACUACAUUCUAGUUCCUGAUCACCCUGCAACCAGACCGCUCAGUAUUACAUGACUUAACCUUCUCUAUUGUUAACAGAGAGGAGGCUUGGCUUUAAGGAAUGUGGGACUUAGUAGCAGAUUAUAAUGACAGUUUAGAACCUGAUAAAUAUUACCAUGUUUCAAUCUCAGAAUAGCAAACUAACCAAGCAUAAGCAUGGUAGCACAAAGCUUACUAUGUAUUAAACUACUAAAGUCUUAUCUUUAAGAAACUGUUGCAGAUUGUGUCUCUGGAUUUUAUUUUUUAAGACUAACCUCUAACAUUGCCAUGUAAGCUACCCGAGAGAAAAAAAUACAUUAUUAAAAAAAUUAUACACACACACACAUACUGUAUAUGUUUCCUCACUCUAAUUUAUUUAGGCAUUGUUAACAAAGCUAAACUUUGUAAUUUGUUUUGAAAAUAAAAGCUACAAUUCUAGCCUUCUAACGUGCAAUGUACUUUCAAAUUCAAGCCAUUUGGGAAGGUGAAGAUGGGAUUAUUUUUGUAAAAUGAAAUUUGCUUUUAGCUUCUAAUGUGUCGCUUAAGUGACUUUUCUUUUUAACUGGUGCAAUAAAUCCUAGGGUAUAUCUAAUUACCAAUGACUAACAUAUAGCUAAAAUUAAGACAACUGUUAUAGAAAAUACAGUAUAUAAUAUUUGAAUAUGUAAAAUGACCUGUUCUUCAAUCUCUCUUGUAGGUGUUGGCCUGGUUUGAAGAAGGUGAAGAAACAGUCACAGCCUUUGUAGAGCCUUUUGUAAUCUUACUCAUAUUGGUAGCCAAUGCAAUUGUGGGUGUGUGGCAGGUGAGUGAAUAUUUUGUAAUGCUUGAAUCUUGGAAAACUUCAUAAACAUUGUUCCAAUAGGCUGCAACUUGUACAGACUAAUUUUAAGUAAAUUUGCUAUAUAUAUUUUUGAUUAGCCUGAAAGUAGAUGCAAGUUGUGAAAUAGUGGAAAUAGUUCAGCAUUUCAGAUUUAGUUAUUUGAGAGAUGCUCUACAUUGUAGAAGUACUGCAGGAUCCAAAGAGCCAUGCAACUAAUUAAGUGAACCCAAGGAAACUUACGACUUGUAUUGCUUAAGCAGCAGCCCUCCAUAUUGUGUAACAAGUUUCUUUUGAAAUCAGGAAGUUACAGGAUGGAUCUGCUGUACUAGAAAUUAAAUUUUGAGAGUUUGUGAAGAAUGCUGAACUUUAGGUCUUUUUUUUUUUUUAGUUUUAAUUAAGGUUUUUUGUGUUACAAAGAAAAACAGUGGUACAUCUAUUGUCUCCAUUUAGGUCAUUUAUGAGAAUUGAGUAUUUUGGGGGAUGAGGUGAUACAUGUGUUUUUCAUAGUUGAUGCAUGACACUGAAAUCUUACUUGCUUAUUUAAAUCUAAAAUUUGAAUUGCUUCUGCAUGGUGUAUUUAUGGUAGUUCUAACUUGCAUGCAUGGACUGACAUGCCAUUAAGGUUAGGAAAACCCAAUUUGCCCUGAACUACUUCCUCAGUAUGCUUUUAUUGUCUUUUAUAUAAUUAUAUGACAUGUGAAUUGGUUGUUUUGUGUAUUUGAGAAUGUAUGUGUUUAUAGUAACAGGCAGUGGUAGAAACUGAUAUAUAAAAGCUAAUCGCCAUAUGGCACCUUAAACCUGGGUUGCGGCUGCACUUAAGCUCUUUUUUUUACAAGAUAACAAAGCUGAAAAUGAAUUGUGUAUAUUGUCAGUUCCAGUUAAAAUAUUAUGUUAAUUUUUCAUAUGGUCUAGUCCUCAUCUGAAGACUGCAAAAUGCUUCUCCUGCCUACCCUACAGAUACUCUCAUGUGGGUCCUUUCUUCAGUCUUCAGAGAGUAGCUGGAAAUGGGAAGGCCGAAAAAGGUCCCCCUUUCCUUCCACUCUGCAUUCAAGCUCUAGAUCAGGAGUAGGCAACCUAAGGCCCGGGGGCUGGAUGCAGCCCAAUCGCCUUUUCAAUCCGGCCCGUGGACGGUCCGGGAAUCAGUGUGUUUUUACAUGAGUAGAAUGUGUCCUUUUAUUUAAAAUGCAUCUCUGGGUCAUUUGUGGGGCAUAGGAAUUCGUUCAUUUUCCCCCCUUCAAAAUAUAGUCUGGCCCCCCCACAAGGUCCGAGGGACAGUGGACUGGCCCACAGCUGAAAAAGGUUGCUGACCCCUGCUCUAGAUUCUCACUACACCCCCUUUCCUUCAUAUUACAUAUAUCCUUCUGGCACCACCUUAACUGAAGAGAAUGCAAACAACAGCAGACCACCAGGGUCAGGCGGUGGCAGCAGAUUUGGGCCACAUUCACAGCACACAUUAGCAGAUUUUCUUUUAUACUGCUAACUAGAACCUUGAAAACCCUUUAUUUUUUUGACUGUUUCCUUUUGCUGGCUCAUCGAACAGCUUGAGUCUUAAAUGCACUUUAACAUAUUUAUAUUUGUCAAAUCAAGUAGUUGCCAGUAUGAAUACAUAAAUUGCCCCAAUACAUAAAUGGGUCACCCAUUUUGUAGGAAGUUAUUUCUAUAUCAAGCUUAUGUAUAGUAGGGCCCACAGCCUUCAUAUCCUGACAGACAUGGAGUUCCCUCACCCCCAAUUUGUGUAUUGGCGAUUAUUGCUAUGCAGGAUUCAAGAGAAAUCUGGGAUCUGAGAAAUGUUUGAAAAGGAAAGGCCCCAGUUGGCUAUUUCUGAAAGUAUGGUGAAAUGAGAAUGACUGUCCCCUGAAACCAUGGUAAUAAGAUAUUGGUAUAAAACCACUGCCAAGCCGGAGCUACCAGAUUCUGACUAAUAACUUUUUAUAGGUAGUGUUUCUUUUAGUUGGUUUCAAGCAGCUCAUCUGUUUACAAUCCAAUAAUCUGUUCCUGAAGCCUAUACCACAAAAAUAUACCCAGCCAAUGUGUAUUACAAAUCCCCAAAUGGUAUAUGAUAGGUGAUUAUUGAAGUCUCUCUCUGCUUGGAAUGUAUAAGGUAGUUGACUAUUCUAAAUAGCAGAUGCUAUAAGCAGUUGAAUGCAUGAAUUUAAUCUGGAGCAGAAAGUGUGAGCAGGAUGUCCCUAUAGUACAGAUCUUUUAAUUGCUCUCACAGAUGGGAUUGUUAAAAAUAGUCACUCAGAUAAAUUCCAAAAGAACAUUUUCUAUUUAAAGUGGUCUAUCUGGGUGGCUUAAUAACGACAAGUAUGCUCAUGUUACAAUUCUGAAUGGGAGCUGGGAAGGGAGACAAAUGUAACUUUUGCCUCACGUAACAUAAUGUUAACAAUAUGAACAUUUCCCCGGAAAGCUAAUUCUUUAGUUGUUGGAUUGGCAGAAAAGACACUUGAUUUUCAGCACUUAGUUGAAGCAGUUAGAUAAAGUGUUUUGCAAUGGAACAAUAUGCAAAACAAUUUUUGAUAUCUGCUAAUGUUGAAUCUGGAAAAGUUAUGAUUUGUGGGUUGGGGCAAGUAGCAAAACUGUUGGCUACUUGGAAUUUUUUUUCUGUUGGUGACCUAUAAUAACUUGGCAAGAUUUUAACAUUGAACUGUCUGGAAAUAGACAAUAUUAUUAACUGCAAAGUCCUUAUUAAAUAACUACAGGCAUACACCACUCUUAACAUACUCAGAUUCAGUUUUUGUGGACAUUUAUGAGCAGCAUUCAAAAUUAGCCAGGAACCAGGUGCAUUUUGUGACUGGGAAUGGCCUGAUUGCAAGCAAUUUGAGAAGUCUUGGUGCUGCGUAUGGUGACUGAGAUUCAAGGUUAAAAUUGCUGCUGCUAGAAAUAUCUUCCUGCCUGACUUCAAAGUAAGAUCGCUGGCUGCUGCCUUCCAUGCUGCUUUGCCUCACCUCGCCUCCCCACCCCAAAAUGAGAUCUCUGCUAGAUCACUGGCUGCUGCCUUCCAUAUGCCUCUUUUCUUCCCCCUUUACAUAAUAAUGCUGGUAUUUGUAAAUAUUAAUUAUUCAACUGGCUUAUGGUUUUGGCCACAAUUAGAGGGGUUGAGCCCCAUUCAUGUUUGUGGUGUUCAGUUAAGAAUUGCCAUUAAAAAUGUGAUACUAACAAUGUGUCACUGGUGUGAAUUGUGCAUUAGUUCAUGCAUUUCAAACGAAUUAAUAAAAAGUGCUGCUACGUUUGGGGAGGGGCGGUGUGUGGCUAGCCAUUCUGUUUUUGCACCCGCAACAGAGGUUCCAUGUGGGAAAUAGCUUUUCUAUCCCAGUUUCUAACACUGGUUAUGAGGUUUUAAUAUGUUCUUAUAAAAUGCCAAAAAUGUCACUAUGUUCAGCUAAUAGCAGUUACUUUGUUAGCAAGUCAUGCACUACAUUUUUCUUUUAUAAGUACAAAUAGGAGGCUUUGAGGACAAUUGGAUGCCAGAGUUGUUGUAGUAACUAUGAAUAUAUCCAGUUGUAGUUAUGAACGCAUCUAGCCAAACAGUGGCUAAUUGUUGUGGGAGGGAUAGAAGUUAAUUUCCAAAGAAGUGAUUCUGAUCUGUCUUGUCAACUGCUUAAUCACUAACUAUAAGAAUUACGCUUUUGGGUUUUAGGCUGCUUGCUCUAAAAUGACACAGGAUGCAGCCUGCCUGUUUUUUAUAUGAGAAAAGGAUCUCUCUAUGAUUAUGAAAAGAGGUUCUUAUCGAACUAUCCCCAAGUGAACCUCUUGUCUUAAAACAUUAAAACUAUCCUUGUCUUUUCCAAAUUGUAACAAAACACAUUUGCAAGGAUAUGAAAUGAAAUGAAGUAGAGGGCAUUGGUUUGUAGAUUGCAUUUGAAAGUGAUGUUUUGCAGGCUGCUCCCCUUGUUGCAACAGCAUCUGGUAAUGUCAGUAAAUGAACAAAGAUUGUUUGCCUAACAGUAUAAACGAGAAAAUUGGAGGGUGGCAAUUUGGCCAACCACAAUAGUAAAAGCAACAGCUUGUGUGCCCUCUAAUCUCAGUGUUUAUUUCUUGCAGGAAAGAAAUGCUGAAAAUGCCAUUGAAGCUCUUAAAGAAUAUGAACCUGAAAUGGGUAAAGUGUAUAGACAAGACAGAAAAAGUGUACAAAGGAUAAAAGCAAGAGACUUGGUUCCAGGUGAUAUCGUGGAAGUAGCUGGUAAGAUGCUUUAUAUGCUACAACAUUAUGGGUCUUUUUAGUUCUUACAAAUUGAUUUGCUGUUAAGACAAAGAGUGAUAAAAAAAAUUAAAAAAUAAAUAUACUCAAAAACAGUUUUAAACAUUGUAAAAGGCUGUGAACUCAGGGUUGCCAGGAACAGCAUCUUUCAGCCAUCAAAUGCUAGGGUAAACAGGAACAUUUAAAAAUAUCUCCUGAUAGUCAGUAAGGAGGGAGACAGGUGCACCUCACUAGGGAAUGCCUGCAACUUAUGUAGGGGUUAUAUUCCAGGGAUUGCGCCUAAAGCCAAAAAUCAUGUAUAAUCAUAGCACAUUGGGUUCAUUGGUGGGUGGGAUUGCCAAGGUCAUUUUCUGGGACCCCCUUUCCUUUCUGCCCACCUUUUAAAAAAAAUUAGUGUGCAUAAAGCUGAAUGCACACAAGUUAAAUUUGUGUAAGUUGUGGGCUUUACUGCCUUUCCUCAUCGACCUCUUUACUGUGAGGGGAGAAAAACUGCUUACUUCUAGAGGUGCAAAUUAGCUGUUACAACAGCUGAACUGACAUGAAGUGACCUACAACAGAAUAAUGUCUUGUGUAACCAGUCACCUGCCUGUCAGUCAUCUGAUGUCAAUCACCUGACAUAAUUAAGACAUCUGUCAAAGUUGACCUGGGGUAUGGGGGAAAGUUGCCCAGCACUUCCCAGAUGCCUGACAGAGAGGGUAUUUGGGAAGUGGUGUGCAAGUGCCUUUGCAGGCUUUGCCAAUUGGCAGUGCCUUCAAAGCCCCUUUUUCUAAGCCACCAUUACAUACCCCACACCUGGUUUCAUAUAUGAUGGCAGAUGGGCAUGACUUGUCUGAAACUACCUUAUGGACCAAAUGGGAAGGAUUGGCCGGCCAAAGUCAUGUUUACUUGCGUCUUGACUUCCUGCAUCAAGCUUCCCUCCCUGUGGCAUUAUGGUGUUGUCUCUACUGGGGGUGGCUUUCUUCCACCUUCCACUUCUUACUGUUGCAGUGUAUUGUUUAGGUAUGUGUUCGUGUUAAGAUUUGCAUAGAUGUUUAACUUCUUUAUUGUCAAAUUCAGAGAGCAGCUAUAUUGGAUUGAUGUGGCAAAAACAAAGAACCCUGCUAGAUGAGCAUUUUGUAGGUAGAGCACUCCUUGCCAUAUGGUUUAAUGAGCAAUUUAGGUCUAGAAAUGUGUGCACUUAAUAGAAACAUGGUACAAGCUUCCUGACUUGAAUCCAAUUUUGGAUAGCCUAUUCCCUCUCCUCCACAAAGUUCAAGUAUUUGUUACUCAGUUUCAGCUUCAAUUCCUCUGACAUGAGUUUAAGAGAAAUGGAUGGCUUAAUUUUGUUUGAAUGUAUAUCUAAUACAUAGAUCUUGGGCAGUUCAUUUUUCACAAGUUCAAGUUUAACAUGUCCAAAAACAAACUACUUAUAGUUCACAUUUCUCCCUUUACAAAAUUGAACUAGUUCAGUUUGGUUAUACUGUAUACAAGUUCAUCCAAAUGAUCCAUGGCAAAAAAUUUUCAGCAUACAUAAUGAGUUGUACUAAUAUUUAUGCCCUCAGGCUUAAAAUCUAAUGUUUUCAUGUAUGUGUUGGGUUUAUAUACCACCUUUUCUGUAAGGAGCUCAAGGUGGCAUGCAUGGUUCAUCCCCUUCUUGAUUUUAUUCUCACAUCGACUCUGUGUGGUAUGAGAAAAAGUAACUGUCCCAAGAUCACCCAGUGAGCUUCUUGACUGAGUGGGGAUUUGAACCCAGGUCUCCCUGGUCCAGUGCUAACCACUACACCACACUGGUGUAAGCAACACUGGAGCAGCUGCUCUUUCACUGCUGAUACAUGAAGCCAAGUCUCCCUGUCUGGAGUGGCCCUUGGUCAAUGGAUUGGGCCAGGCUGUGUGUCCCUUUAGCACUUGCAAUCCCAGAGUAACUGGCAGUUGGAGUAGAGUGAACUUUCUGGCAGAGAGGAGGAAAGACUGUUAUUUCACAGGCUGAUGGAUGUUGCCAGCUUGGUUUCCCCCUUAUUGUGAUAUUCUUCUUGGGAAGCAUGGGGUGUAACCACCCAGUGACCCAUGGUCUCCUGAUUUAUUUUUGUGGUAGAUCAUUGUGUUGGGUUUGCUCCUGAAAUAGAAACCUGAGUUCCAAAAUGCAUUGAACUAUGCUGAAUCUUCAUAGUUGGCACUUUCGAGAAUAAGUUUAUUUCUGUUCUUCCCUCCUGGCUUUUACAUUGGGUAUAAAUACCUUCCUGCUAACAUUUCACUCUUGAGGUCCAUUUGUGUGUGUACUGAAGGACAUUGAAUAUGUGUAUCUAGCAUAUAACUUGUACUACAUAUCAUACUGAUAUUGCAGUGAUAGAUGACAAAAGUUAUAUAAUAGGUGUACUUGAUCUUUUUAGUUCAAAUUACUGUCCUUAAUAAAAAAUAUUAAUACUAUGUGGAUUGAAUUAUUUCGUGGUCAAGCUGAUGUGCAGAUAACUAAUAAUUCGCAGAUUUGCAAUAAUGCCAUUCUUACCCUUGGAAAGACUAAACUUAAUUUUUGGAAUGACUUUUCAAUUAACUUGAAUAGACUGUGCUGUGAAAUGUAAUCCAGUCACUGUAAGUGACUAUAGCCAAGCUAAAAUUUCAGGGUGGGUGGCAAGAGUACAUACACUAUGUUCCACAGCUAGUGUCAAAACCUGGAGGUGAGAGAAACUGUGUGCAUGCCUCUGUCAUAAGUGUAAGCAUAUUGGAUGGCCUUUGACAUGGUGCCUGCAGAAACAGGACCAUGUAGGGAAGCGACAAAGCACUUGAUGCGGGGAUGCAUAUCUGGGUAUGGAAUUUUAGGCAGUGUGCCAGUGACAUUGCAUUGCAGGCACCAGUGACUGUCAUGAAUAACCAGGUGGCAGUUACCUCUCAGAUAUCAGUGCUGUCUAAUGUUCAUGGAUGUUUUAGGAUAGGUGGGGGUUUUUUUUAAGCAAAGAAGGCAUUGAGGCACAGUCACUGGCCCUUAAAUAAGUGUCCUUUUUGUCAACACAACUUGUUUUGGGGGGCGAGUUGCUUUUCCAACAGCCAUAUCUUGCCUGGAAAAACAUUAAGCAAACGCCGAGCUUUCAAAGUAUGUAAAGUACUUGUUAGAUGAUGAAUUAAUAAGUACAAUGUUGUAGGAAGUUGUGGUUACACUGGAGCUUGUAAUUAUUAAAUAUAGGUUGUUUCCCUUCAAAGGAUAUUGCUUACAGCUUAACAAUGGAAUAUGCAUAAUAAUAACAACCACAAACAGAACAGGUAGAAUGUGCCAAUUAGCCACCUUCGUGCUUUUGCUGCCACUUGUAAAUGUGGGAUUAAUAAGGUUGCCUUCACUAGGAGGCUGGUCACUUCACAGGGAUAAAUGCUGCUGCCUUUUGAGGGGAUUUUAUAUACAGUGCCACCAUGCGUUACCUGAAACUACCUGGUUGUAGCAAGUUGAUGCUAUUGCUUACUGGUAAAAUAACUAUACCUGCCAUUUGUGGGUAGUUUUUGCGGCUGUAAGUUGCUGAUGAAGAUUUGAGCAAAGAUGCUCUUAAUGGAUCAAGACUACUGAAGAAAGAGAGGUAGUAGAGGAACCAGCAUAGGAACCAAAAUACAACAGACAUUGCAGUCAAACAAUAGACACAUAUUUUGAAACUUCUCAGCAUCUUUUACAAGUGAAUUUGCUGGGGGAGUGACUGUUGAGGACAUAUCUAAUUAGAACUUGUGAUAAUCACCUUUUUCUAAGAAAAGAUUCUGUUCAGAUGGGAGACUUUACUGUAAUACUGCUUUAUCACAGUGUAUGAAGAUCAGCUAUCAAUAAGAAGCUUAUUUUGAAAAGUAGAAAAUAAUGUUCUCGCAGUAUAAACCUUUAGGAACUUUCACUAACCUCCACAGGGUUCUAGGUGUUGUUAAACAAUCACAAUGUACCGUAGUUUGGUAACCUACAUAUGACAACCAAAGAAUACCCAGUUUUUCCUCAAAUGACUUUGUAUCUUACUCAUCUGAUUCAGAUUUUUACUGGGGAGAAUCAACUUCUAGGAAUUUUUUUUAUUAAUCUGCAGUUGUUUGUUUUAAGCUUUAUUAAUCAAUUGUACUAAAGUAAAGGUACUUACUUACUGCUUCUUCUGAAACUACUGCGUGCUUACAGAACUGAUGCCUGCUUUUUGCGGGUGGGGGAGAGGCACAUUCAUGCAGUUUUCAAUUAUUAGUAUUCCCUUAUUCCUUACACUUUGGUCAUGCUCUAUACCUCAUGCUCUAUAGUUCCAUAGUAUGUGUGUUUCUGAAAAGGAACUGGUAUCAGUUUUGUGUUGGAUAACAUAGAAACUUGCGUAUAGUUCAAGCACACAGUUCACAUACUGUAACUGUUUUAAAUUAAGUGUUCAAGUCCUGUAUAAUACACAUCAGUUUUGUGUGAUAGUCUUCUAAAUUUUUAUAGGUAGAAGAGUACAGGCAGUAUGUACUCACAGACUAUAGAAACCUUGCAUAUUGAGGAGCACUGCUGAAGUACCACUAUUUCCUCCUUUCAUUACCUGAAUAAUCCAGUAGUUUGAAUGUUCCUGCUUAGCUUGGCAUGCUUGCCAGAAUCCUCUAACAUGGCAAAAAGUGAAUGUUGAUGGUCUUCCUUUCCAGACACUUGAGCAGAGAGGCUGCAUUUCUGCCACUAGUUAUGUUGACUGCACUGCUACUGCUGUUUUGUGAAUUGCUUUUCUUGUAUUUGCUAAAGCCUACGCAUUUAGCUAUUGCUAUAAUUAAGGUCUCCUAAUUAUUUUCAACUAAUCAGUUUACUACACUAUAUUCAGACAGUCAUAAUUAUCUCUAUUGGAAAAAUCCAGAGUAGCAGCAUUUAUAAAGAAGGGUAGGGAGUUUACUAAUGUUCAGAGUACUACUGCAAGAAUUGAUCAGUGAGUGAUUUUUUCAUUAGCUUGCUGAAGCCUCUGGCUUUUUUUAACCCAUUCAUUUCCCAACAGACUUUCUAUGAGCACCUCUGAUGUCAUAGUCCUUAAGUAAGCCUGAGCAGGAAUUUGCUGGUGUCUGGCCAGGGUCAAAUUGCUAAUUGUGUGUUCUCUAAGCAAAUGAUGGGGAAGUUGAAGAGCAAAUAACAACAAUGUGCUUGGCUAUUAAAAGCUGUCUUCUUUGAUUUUUCCAGAGUUGUUUCAUUGGGCAAACUUUCAGCCAGUUUUGUUGGUGGUUGUGCUCAUGGAAAAGAUUGGGGGGUCCAUAGAAUCCAUAAACCUUUUAAUCAUGAGUUUAGUUGACUUCGAAAGAGAAACAAAUUAGAUAACGAAGAGUAGAAUUUAUAAACUAGGUAUUAAAAGAAGAAGAGAAUGUUACUAAUUUGGAAUUAUGGGUUGGCAGAGGAUAUUAAAUAAGAAUCUAUGCAAUUCUUUCCACAGAGCAUCUCAAAAGUGAUUUUGCAAUACAGUAGAAACAUAUGUAGAAUUUUAAAUCCCAUGCAGAUACUGAUUGAGAUAAAAGUCUCCACUUUGGAAAGCUUUUUGAAAGGGGAAGUCUUCAACAUAUGGCAAAAAGACUACAGUGGAGCUUUCCAAACUGUGUUGCGACAUGUUAGUGUGUCAGCUGCAGUGUGUAGGUGUGUUGCGCAAAUGCUCACCGUGCUCCUUCCAGGGCUGGAAAGGGGUUAGUUUAACCUCCGGUUGGCUAUUAAAACUGAAUUGCUGUGUCAUGAAAUGAUGCAUGUCUAUAAAGUGUGUCACCAACAUGAAAAGUUUGGAAAUCUGGACUGUAAGAUAUGGGACUUUGAACUCUGAUUCAUCUAGGGAUGCCAUUACACAUUGCUGGUUCAGGUCAGAUCUGUAACGCCCCCAAACAUACAAAAUUUUAGCAGGUUGCAGAAGAGUGUGCUUCUGGAUAGCUUAAUAUUUUAUAACAUUUAAUCACUGUAUUACAGAAUAGCUAACAUUCAUAAGGGCUUUUUCAUAAAUACCAAUAUCUGAAUAUUGUCUGGAUAAGGUAUGUAGCUCCCUGCAAAGUAAAGUAGAGCAGUCUUUGAAAACUCUGAUUCCAGGUUUAUUUAAGAAUCCUAUCCUUUAUAAAUGUCUACAUUUGUAUGGCAAAGGUCUAGUAUCUAUACUGAAGUGGUUGAAAGAACAAAUUUGAGAGCACUCAACAGUUCAUCUGAAAUUCUCCUUCUGGAGAAACCUCUCACUAAAGUUAAGCCAAUUUGUGUUAUGAAAGAGCCAUUUUCCCUAGUAAAAACUGGAUAUUGUUUUGUGCCAUCUCUCCUAUCAUCCCCUUUCCAUCACCACUGUUACUUUUUAUUUGGACAGACACUGUUCAGCUGUUUAUGGUGUGUGUAGUCCAAAAGUAAUAUAUGUAUUUAGCAAGUUUCUCUCUCUGGAUUCCCUUUAUUCAAGUUUUUACUGGUACCAUUAUCUUUCUUGCUCUGAACCAGUGAUGUGGUAUGGACAAUUUUCCAAAACAGAACCUUUCCUAUUUCAUAAGUUCAAUAGUAACAAUGAACUGAUGCCUAUUAUGAAUAUAUUUGUUAGGCUAGCUUGGCAGUUUCAAGGUUGUUAGCAUCUCUUACUACUUUUGUUAUCUUGUAACGGUCAGGGGUCCCUUUACCAUUAAUUAUGUAUUUAUUUCAUGUUGUAGGCUGUCUUGAGCAUGGCUUGAAUUAUGGAAAGGCAGCAUACAAGUAACAUGUAUCUAUGUACCAAAUACAAGUAAAAUAAUUGUGGCAAAUUAGAGCAUUCUGUAGGGCACCAUAACAUUUUCCAAUGCAAACUGAUGUAAUUUUUUCUAAUUUGCAUAGCAUUUUUCUGGAAAACCACAUCACUGUGUGGGAAGUGGGUACAUUUGAGCAAGAAUGACAUGCUCAAGGCUCCAUCCAGUAAACUGCAUGGGGGGCAGUGUGUGACUGGAUGAGUAAUUCAUAUAAUGGGAAUAUAAACCUACAUUAGCAUAUAUGGCUGAGGCAAAAAUCUAUAAAUUAAAUAGAUGCUUAGUUCAUAUUUUGCUGUGUUCAAAGGUUUGCUUUCACUUUAUGCAAUCAGGAGAAUAGAAUGCUGUCACAUGCCAGUAGUGUAUCUUAAGUUAGGGGAUAAGACAAAGUUUAGAAAUAUUUAUUAACCCAUUUUUUUUUCUUCCUUAUGAAUUGUUUAGAUGGUACAGAACUCUGGGAAGGUGCUAGGCUUUGAAGUGUGGGAAAUAAGAUUGCAAAAUAGCCCCCCCCCCCCCAGUUACUGGAAUGUCAAACUUUUGUCCUGUACUUUGGCAUUGGAACGGUCACUGUGUCUCUCUAUGUGCUACCCGAACUUAAUUGUUCACUUUGGAUAGUUAAGCAAACUUCAGAACAAUGAAACUUCAGCUUGGUUGCUAUCCUUGCUGCUUAAAACAAUUGGCCGCAAUUACUGGGAAUAAGUAUACAUUUUGUACAGGGAAUUUACUGAAGCCACAAUAAUUUUGUUCUUAUUUGGGCUCAUCAACUUUUGACUGUCAUAACUUUUACGGAAGAAUUGUUAAUAAGAUUUCAGAACACGCUGUUGAGGAACAAAUAAAUAAAUAGUGGUGCUUUUUCUAAAUACUCUGCUGAAAGGCAAUGAGCUGUGGUGUUCACUUGGCUGUGUUGAAAGCAAAGUUUGUUAGAAUAAUAUUUCAGUGCUUUCUUCCAGUAGUCCUUACAACCAUUUUUAGCAGUUGUGUGUAGGCUGAUCUAUAUACAUUUCAGCAAAGAGAUCCAUUAUUUUAAUAUGCCUUUGCCAAGUGGGGCAGUACAUUUGAGAUGCUCAGCUGUUGAAAGCCCAGCAACCGUGUGUGCCUUUACAGAUUGAUGAACUUUCUCCUGCAUUGUGCUGAGUCUUAGCCUGCUGUAUGGUGGAAUUGUGAUAGAUGAAAAAGCAGCUGCUCUCAUGUAUCUACAUAUAAACCUCGUCACAACACCAGGGGACUGCAUUCAAAUAGUUUGCCCAUUUUUGGCCUUGGUCAUUGUUUUGUACUAUUUUCUCUUCACUGCUGAAGGGCACAGCGAAUUUGGUUUUCAUGUUGUAAUGACAGAGCAGAAAAGAAAAAGUCUAGCUGGCUUAUUGGCCUCUUUAUUCUAAAUAGAGAGUGGUGUUAGUUACCUACCUAAGACUCUGCCCAAGAGAACACUAUAAUUUUAACCUCGUGAGAAAUGUUGCAGAAAUAGUUUUUCUAAAAGAGUAUAAAGCUACAAAUAAUAUGUGCUUAAUCCUCUGGUAUGGUGUUUGUACAUCAAUGACCUAGCACAUAGAAGUGGCAGACCUACCGGCAGACCUAACUUCCUCACAGCGUCAUUCUCUCCCUCAUGCACGAUUGCUGCCAGUUGCAUAAGCAGUUCCUGUAGGAAUUAGCAUUUAGUCUGUGCAUCCCUACAGUAAAACUAGAGGGACUAUUGUGUAACAAGUCCACAUAUUCUGGCAGGAUUAGUAAUUACUGGCUGAUGAUGCAAGUAUUUUCAGUACCCUGUUUUAGGGUUUUUGUCAUGUGUUGGCAAAAUAGCGUUUUAUUAGUUCUUCCUUCGUGUGUGUGUGUGUGUGCUACUUUAGAAAUGCUUAUUAGAUGAAAUGUAGGCUAGUGCAAAAGAUGUUGGAUAUGGCAAUUUCCUGUCCAACAUUAAAGAGCUAUGCUGGUCAAACUCAAAGACUGAGGUCCUAGGGGGAACAUCAGACACCCAUGUCAUAGUGCACACUCUUUAAAAUAUUAUCAGUUUCAAAAGUUGUUUGCACUGAUAUUUGAGAAACCCCAAGUCCUAUUGACUGUUCAAAACCAGUCGGAUAGUAUGGAUUCUCCCAAUUGUCAACAUCUUAAUGGGCAGAUGGAGAAUUCUCUGAGAAUGUACAAUAAUGAUGUUAACCGAAAUAGAUACUUCAUUAAAGGUAACAGGGUUUAAACUACAUGAGGAGAAAUUUCACAUAGCAAAAUGUUCCUAUAAACACUUGGACAAUGAGAUACACUUCCAAAAUAGGUUAUGGAAUUUCUAAUUGUGGGAAGCUCUGAAAAAUGGGUUAGCUUCCCUCAUUUCAAAAGUGAAGUGAGAGAUAUUUUGAAUAAAUGUAUGGUUGAUGUUUGCUUUUUCUGGUACUACUUGAAAAAUAUUUGCAUUCAUUAACAUCUGGUCAAACUCAAAUACUCUCCUCUUAAUCCACAGUUGGUGACAAGGUUCCUGCUGACAUAAGAAUUACUUCUAUAAAAUCGACAACUCUGAGGGUAGACCAGUCAAUUCUCACAGGUAAGUGUUUCUUGGCAGUAAUGAUCAGAAAAUCUAUUGGUUUUAAAAACAAAUGGGAAACUGUCCUGAUUACAGCAGCAACCUCAGUUUUUAACAGAACUCUUAGGCAUCAUUGUGGUGAAUGAGAGCCAUCAGUGUUACACUGGGUGCAUGCCAUACUUACUCAGUGGAUGCCAUUAGUAUAUCUUGGCAUUUGUUCCCUUCCAACUCUGCAAUUCUAUGAUUCUGUUAUUCUUUCUUUAAACUAAAAUAAAGUACCCAAAAUAGGAGGUUUGCUUAGAAGCUGGAGUGAACACAAUCUUAUCUGCUUCAAUAAUCUUAGCAUGAUCUAUUUUAGAAAGGUAUAUUUCUGCUGCGUGGUUGAGUGAAGAACUUCACUCGUGUUUCAGGUUCCUUCUUGUCUGGACCAGGAAUUGUGAUUUAUAACCAACUUCCUUAGAAUCCUGGACAGACUGAGUAGAAGAUAGAAUUCUCGUCUUUCACUGCUCUCCCCUCUGAACCACCAAUACUUUUUUGUUUUCUUUUUUCUUUCCUUCAUAAUUUUUUAUUAGUAACUUGCUUGAAUAGCCAAAUCAGUAUAUGUAUACAUGAGAGCUGUAUAUUGUUUCAUAUGUAAGACAUGGAACAUACAAUUCAGUGACUUGGCAUUGGAGGGGAGGGAACAAUGGAAAUAAAGAUUUAAUGUUGUACCACCCAAUUGGUUUUGAAGCUGACUUGUUAAACUAACCAGAGCUUGUUUUAAACCACAGUCCUUGGUCCAGAUAGCAUGACAAGCUAGAUCCUGGAGGAAAAUGAAAACUAAAUUUCAGCUAAUUCCUUCUUCCUAUGCUGGUGGGGAGGGAGAGUGUACAAGCCCAAGGCUCCUCCUACAUUUGUUCCAGAUCAUGCACAAUGUGCUAAAGUUAAUAAUGGCUUAGUGUUACUUGUGAAUGUUUCCAAAAUCCAAAUGGAAUACAUACUUUUAAUGCGGAAUAUCAGAAUUGAACCUGUGGCAUCUCCAGGGAGGGUUGUGGAAAACUCUUGUUUGAAAUACUGGAGAGGCACUGCUAAUCAGUAAUCAGUGUAGAUGUAACGGAGGUCAGUGGACCAGUGGUUUGACUUGGUAUACAGCAGCUUCCUGUGUUCCCUUAUACAUACUCAAUUGGGUUUAUCUUUUCCUAGUUAAGUCAGCCAUCCAUCUCUCUUCAGAAAGUUAUAUUUCAGCGGAAAUGUUAGAGAGGGAACUCUUUGUACUGUGUCCUAGUUAUGAUUUUUAUUUGCCAGUUUAAAGGCUAGAGUAAUGUGCUUGCUUUGUAGAAUCUAGGUUAGAUUAGAUUCUCAACGGUUCUUGUCCAGAUCACAAAAGGUACAUGAAUAAAAGGCCAAGAGAGAUGUCUACCUGUUGCUUCUUUCUCCUGGUCAAUAGGUCUAACAAGCUUGAAGGGUAUCAUAAUGUAUUUGGUUGUAUAUUUGCAGUAUAACCAAACAAACUGGGUGUCAGGAUUGGAAUAUUUUUCCAGUAAUCUGAUAGCUCAGUCUUUGAGCACAGUUCUGGAGAUCAAAUAAAUGUUGGUUCAAUGAAAAAAUAGGUAUAAAAGGAAAAUUCCUAGAUGCCAAGAUCCAAGUUUUAGGCUAGUACUCUUGGGUGAGAAAACUCCCGCAGAGAUUUAAAAUAAUAAAAUAUGCAGCAAAGUAUAGCAUGGAAAUAUAGGCUGUUCGGCCUUUAAAAUAUGUGCCCUUUAAAGUAAGUUCCAAAGUUCACCUCUUCCUCUAGCAUAGAAAAAGACAACGGGUUUGGUAAGUUAAAAAUGCUUUUCAGACAACAACCGUUUUGCACAAGGGUUACAUUUCUGAUCCCAGUGCAUGUUGGCCUACUCUGCCAUUUUACAGCUCCUGCCCUCUUUUACAGCUACCUCCAGGUCACUGUGGGGUGUGUGUGUGUGUGUGUGUGUGUGUGUACAGUUGUGCAUCAACUGGAUGUGUGUAAAUUGGUCAUAGCCUGCACUUACAAACUCUCCAGAUUCAUGUGCUUUUCCAUACAGCAUUCAGAAAAGGUUGCACAGGCAGUAAAACUUGGCUUUAGUUAAAGUGGAGAAGGUUCCUAAAUUAUUGGUAUAGGAACUCUAGAGUGGCUUGUAAGAGCCAUGCGGUUUGGUUUGCACCAACCAGUACAACCAACUGCACCAACUCACGUUGAGCCUCUCUGGUAGACUGGAGGGGAACAGAGGCUUGAUUAUCUAGUUUCACAAGGUGUGCUAAUUCACAAGGUGUGCUAAGCCUGGCGUGAUGGUUUACUCUAGGGUCUUAAAUGUUUCGUGCAUUAAUUAGACCAGAUUGGUGGGGUAUUAUUGUUGUUGUUGUUGUUGUUGUUGUUGUUGUUGUUAGUGUUGGUUAUAUGAGGCUGGCUAUCCCACAGUAAAUACAUACUCACUUAAUUGGGCCCACGUAUCAUAAGGCCUGUGGAUUGAUUGUGGCCCCCUCGUUUAUAUGCAGAUCCCUGGAGGCAUUCGAAGUCUGUUGGCCAUCUGUCUGUUCCCCUCAUGUUCUUGGAAAGUGUGAAUGGGUACUGGGAGAAAGCCUCCAAUGCAAAUUCUCCAUUUUUCCUCCUCCAAUUUGAUUCAGAGGCACUUGGUAUAGGAAGAAAUUACCUUUAUGUCAAAAUCAGACACAAAAUCUAAAUUAGAAACUGGUUUCUGAUCAACUGACUUGCCUUUUUUUGGUAUAUAUGGAAGCUUCUUACAUGUCCAGGCUUUGUAAAUAUUUCUCUAUUUACAUAUGUUGAAUGUCUUUCUCUAACUCUUAAUUGGAGGAUUUUCUUUUAACUUACCUAGACUAUCUGUUAUUGCCUGGUUUUCUCCUGGCAAUUAUUUGCAUCAAAACUAUUUUCAGGUGGUGUUGGUUUUUUAAUGGCUACAGUAGGGUUGCCAUAUUUCAAAAAGUGAAAAUCCGGACACAGAAGUUGUUGAACUUUUUUUUUUUUUUUUUUUUGCAAAAUCUAAAAAAAAAAAAUGUUUUCAAGAUAUUUUUAAGGAAAUUUGUCAAAAUCUAGACUUCUGAAACAGGUUGACAUAUCUCCAGAUUUUCCUGGACAUCUGAGCAUGAUUUCCAUCCAGACACUGUUUACGACUGCCGUAUUCUGGCUAUGUCCGGAAAAUUCCAGGUGUAUGGUAACCCUAGGUUACAGCUUUAGCGUAGUGGCUUUUUCUAUUAAAAAAUGCUUUUCAUCUAUGUAAACCUUGUAUUAUGAUGUAAUGGCUUUCACAGGUGAUGUUCUGCAGAUGCAAAAAGGUGGGAAAUGGAGGCAUUAAUGUCUUACUAAAGCUGUAACCUUCAUCUAGGUGAAUCUGUGUCUGUAAUUAAGCACACGGACCCUGUGCCUGAUCCUCGUGCAGUGAACCAAGACAAGAAGAACAUGCUCUUUUCUGUGAGUAAAUUGGGGGGAGGGGAUCUGUUUGUGCGUACUGAUUAUUAAAGGAUUGUUCUGCUGUUUCUUGACUUACUUCCUAUGGGUUCCCUCCCCCCCCCCAUGAGCCAUCACUCAUUUUGUUUAGGGCAGUUCAUGUGUAAAGAAUUAAGAAUAUCUUGGACAUCUAAAUGGUAACCUUGUAUGGAACUAAAUGAGCCUUAAAAAACCUGAUGCAUAUAAACACAUUGUCUCUUCAAUCAUGGUAAACAUUGUUUAGCUACACUUGUACAUGCAAGGCAAAAAUGAAGAGCAGUAAAACAAGAAACCAUUGGAAACACACAGUUGCCCAGGGGACGUGUUGGGCUUGUAAUCCUAGGUUUUCAGGGUACAUGUUUGAAAGGCAAGUGUGAGGGCUAUGGUUAUAAAGCAAGGUGUUUCUGUCAUCUACCAGUUCCUGCUAAGUGUUUUUUUGUAACUGGAAUGCUAUUUAUUAAGAGAGCUUAUCUUCCAAGUUUCACUGAUACCCCAGUUUCUUUUUUUAAAUCUCCUGUAAUGUGCCUGGCAGAAAAGCUUAGAAAAAGGGCUCAGCUUCUUUUUCAUCUCUUCCAAGUCAGUUGCCACAUUUGACCAUAGGACGUCCUGUUCUUUGUUGCAUUUGUUGGAUGAGCGUCACUUGAAGAUGCAAAAAGUGUGCUUGACCACAUGUCUGCCCAACUCUUGCCCAUACUGGCAAGGCUGGUCUAAGGAAGUAGUCAAUGCUUCUUUGUGGGAAGGAGUAGUACAAUUGCAUUCUUCAAGAGAAUGAAUGUGAGGCCUUUGAUGGAUUUAAGAAAACAGUAGGUGAAUGCUUUCUUGCAUUCAAGCUCCCUCUACCCCAAGGUCACCCUGCAGGAGGCCAUGAUUUCAUCUGCAAAGGAACCUUCAUCUGGGAUCUCCCUCCCACAAAGAAGCAUUGACCACUACCAAGACCUGCUCAGUCUUUUUUUUUCAGAAGAUUGGUAAACUCUUGUUUCAGUGGGCCUCUGAGAAGUGCAGCCUUACUGGUUGUUAAGCAGGCACAUGUUUUUCGGUGUUUGUGGAAUCUUUGGAAGGGAGGUUCUUGGUAAACUGCUGCUGCUCAUUUGUCACUUCUAUAAAGAUUGCUUCAGUAAUCACUUUUACUUGAUGCAUCUGUUUGGUUGGUGAUUUUAAUUUGAUGGUAGCUACCUUCAGAACUCCAUAGAGUACAGCUCGCCCAGUGUAUAACUGGCCAAUAAAUACUUAGAGGCCAUGGGCAAAGCCAUCUGCCUCCUUGGAAUGGGAGUAGUAAUGAAUCCAUCCAUGACUAGUGAGAAGAUACACAAGAGAGGGAUUAAAUUCUUACAAUAUUGGACACUCACUGUGAUUGUUUUUUUCAAAGCUGACCAAACUAGAGAGAGAGAGUAAUUUAUGGUCAUAGUAGGGCACGUAGUACAUACAAAUACACAUAAAAUACACAUAAAAUAGGCCUGUGUAUAUAAAAACCCAGUUCAAAGACAGAAUGAAAUCUGAAGUAACUUCCAGAAUGCUGAUAGCUGCAUUCAUGUAUUUUAUGUUGCUGUUAACUCGAAUUAGCCAAAAUAAGACUACAAACCUUGCAGUUUGGCUAUAAGGUAUUGGUGGAAAAUAGUAUCUGAAAAAGCAUAACCUAGCUUUAUGUGCUAGUGAUUAACCACAGUUCUCCAAUUCCCUUUUAACUUCUUGAUUUAGGGUACAAACAUUGCUGCAGGGAAAGCUAUGGGUGUGGUUGUGGCAACUGGCGUGAACACCGAAAUUGGCAAAAUUCGUGAUGAAAUGGUGGCUACUGAGCAGGAGAGGACCCCGCUUCAGCAGAAGCUGGACGAGUUUGGAGAGCAGCUGUCAAAGGUCAUCUCCCUGAUAUGCAUUGCGGUGUGGAUAAUCAACAUUGGUCACUUCAAUGAUCCUGUGCAUGGUGGCUCCUGGAUUCGGGGUGCCAUCUACUAUUUCAAAAUUGCUGUGGCACUUGCUGUGGCUGCAAUCCCAGAGGGCCUGCCUGCUGUCAUUACCACUUGCUUGGCUCUGGGUACUCGCCGAAUGGCAAAGAAGAAUGCUAUUGUUCGAAGCCUGCCAUCUGUGGAAACCCUGGGCUGCACUUCCGUGAUCUGUUCAGACAAGACUGGAACUCUUACCACCAACCAGAUGUCAGUUUGCAGGGUAUGGUCAAUUCACUUAUCUAGUUUCUUCUUAACUUAUGUAAUUUGUCUGGGUUUCUGUCAGAACUAUGAAAUAGGCCGGUUUUAGUGUCAGAACAGCUCUGUCACCAAAGCCUGCUUCUAAACCUUUAUUUUAUUAAAAUGUGAUUGCAGAUGCUUUAUCAGCAGAAAAGAUAAUUUAAGUUAAUUAGAAGGAUAGUGCUUACCUCUUUGUAACUUGAAUAUUACUCUGUACAGUGGUGCCUCGCAAGACGAAAUUAAUUCGUUCCGCGAGUUUUGUCGUCUUGCGAUUUUUUUCGUCUUGCGAAGUAUGGUGUCGGAAAAGUUUUGGAAAAGCUUCAAAAAUCACCAAAGUCUUCAAAAACCUCAAAAAAGGCUACCACACCGCGUGCUAUGAGUUGCUCCUCGAAGUCAAGUCGCAACUGUAUUAACGGUGUUAAGAAAAAGGAAACAAACUUGCAAGACGUUUCCGUCUUGCGAAGCAAGCCCAUAGGGAAAAUCGUCUUGCGAAGCAGCUCAAAAAACAAAAAACCCUUUCGUUUUGUGAGUUUUCCGUCUUGCGAGGUACCACUGUACAUAAAGAGAAAAAUACAUGGCUUGGUUUGAGACAAAACUUAACCAAUGCCUAUCCCUUGAAUCUGUUCAGUUCCUGAGCUCAACUCUAGGAGAAAAGGUGCCUUGAGAAUAACUUUCCUUUACCACUGAUGCAGUCUUGAUAGGGUGAAGAUAAAUGUGCCCCAGGAGAGAUGGAAAACGAAAAUAAAACUUUUUGCCAUUUAUAGACUCUUCCCAAGUUGAUGGCUUGGGAAUUAUUCUCCUUGUCACAGGUUUUUUAAUGGGUUUAUUACCCUCUUUAAAACAAAACAAAAACACCUCAAAUUUUGAGUGAACAAAUUCCAUUCUGUAUUAAAUUGCCUAUGAACUUUGAAGAAUGACCCAUGAUUACCAUUUCAUUGAAGGUAGGCCUUGGAGACACAGAAUAGAUAAGACUUAUCCCAUGUUGUCAAACUUCUGUCAGCCUUCUCCACUUUUCUCUAUACCCCACACAUGGGUGGUCCACAGUAUUUGAUAGUAAAUUCAAACUGGAGUAGAUAUGGGAGGCCCUGGUGUAAAAUUUGAUGCAUAAUCUGUUAUUGAGUAGAUUACCAGAGUUACCUCUGAUGCUAGGCACUCUCUGUAGAGUAACCAGCUGUGUGUGUGUGUUUAGAAAGUUGAUGAAUGCUGAUCUAGGUAUUGUCCUGUUAUUUAGCAAUUAUGCCAGUCUCUUUAUUCAGUUGGUUGUGCCUCACUUGUGAUUGAUAUUCUAAGCAGGAACUGAAUAGAAGCACAAAGAAAGAAUUUUAAAUCAAAUUAAGGCACUUUUAUUUGUGAAGGGUAAUUGCUGGAAAGACUUAAGGGGCUAGAGCUUCUCCUGAUUGCAUUACGUGGCUGCAAAUAAUUACAUUCAAAAUUAUUGGGCCAGGGUAAGAUUUCAAAUAAGUAAACAGUAACAGACCUCUUCUUUUUGAAUCUACUUAAUAUUUGUGUGACUGUAACAGACUUUGGUGCCCCUGUUUAACUUGCUGUAUACUUAUUUGUAUUACUUUCCAGUCUUGUCCAGAAUUUUAUGCUGAAGUGUUUGUGCCUGUGGAACACAAAGCAGCUGCUCAUCUGUAUUCUAGAGAAGGUUACUUGCAGAGUAUUGCAUAACUGCCAGUCUCUUAAGAAGUCAGAUGCCAAAAAAACAGAAAGGUUCCUUAGCAUAGGAACAUCAGACUCUUUUGCCUCAGAAAAAGAUUUGUUUUGAAGUAGCAAUAUUGAGCUCUUCAUUCUUUUAGAUCAAAAUAUUUCUCUAAUCCUAUAUAGCUGGGAGAGGGUGUUUUGUUUUUUGUUAGUGUCAAGUCCAUUAGGUAAUGCAGAAAAGCGGUGUCUGUAAGAUUUUGGAAGAAAGCCUUUGCACAUAAAAGCAGUAAAGCAGGAUUUUCCUGUAGAAAAGAGAGAGAGUCUCUCUCUUUCUCUUUAGGAAGUUUUUACAGAAGUAAUCCUUGGAGGUUAUUUUUCUGCAUUAUGGUCUGUUGCCAAAUAUCCAGUCCAAGCCGAUGUGAAUUUACUUGUGUUGCUUAUACACAGCAGGCUUGAAAGGAAAGUAAUUGCAUACAUUUGAAUGGUGGGUGUUCUUUUGAAAAAGGUUUUCCUUAUGGUGGGGUGGUGGUGUUUUUCCUUGGGGAUUGGAGUUCAGUCUUUUGCUCAUCCCUUAUUGGUAAACACUGUCCUCUCUUCCUGCUCCAAUCUCUAUUUAAACUAUAGUGCUCCUUAAAAAAAAAAAAAAUUUCCCCUGCCUCUUCAAGACCCUCGUUCAGUAAAAACCUACCUUGUCAGCAGUGCCGUCUCCCCGGCUCUUUCUCAGUGCUCAUGUUAAUUUCUGAAAAAUUAUCCCCUCCCCAGCAUGCCCCCUAAGUCUUUUCCCUUCACCUUCCUUGUGUUCUGGUCAUGCUAAAUGAACAUUGACUAGCAUAUGCCACAUUUCCAUGUCUGAGGCUGCAUUCCUGUCGCUCCAGGUUCAAAAAGUGGCAUCAGGCUCUGCUUCUGAAGCAUUUGCCUGAUUCUAAAACUCCCCAACACCUGGCAAUGAAGGUGAGUGUUCUGAAGUCAGUAUAGCUGUGCUUACCUGGAGUGGACUAAACAUUAAACUUUGGCUGAUAUAAACUCUUGAUUAAAAUGAAUUCCUGGGAAUAAAAUGAAUUCCUCCAGAAUAUAGAGGCAAAGAUCUAAAGAAAGGUAUGCGGAAGAAGCCCAUAUUAUAAAAAUCCUGAAAAAUAAGUGCUAGUUAAAUGUUAUAAUUAUUAAUGCCACUGAUAUAAAGUCCUGCCUGCACUUCUAUCUUGACGUUCAAGCUUUAAGUUACCUCAGUUGGUUGACUGGAUCUGUACCCUUUUCUGUCUUACAGAUAUUCGUUGUGGACCGAGUGGAAGGAGAUAGCUGUUCUCUGAAUGAAUUUACAGUGACUGGCUCAACAUACGCUCCCAUAGGAGAAGUGUAAGCUUGAUUCUUGCCAGCUGAACCAUUUACAGGUCUGGCUGUGUAUGCACAGCAGCACUUAGGGCUCGAAUUUAACAGCCUGAAAGAGAAGUGGAUAAUGUAAAGCGGAACUGAAGUGCAACCUCUUGAUUUGUAGAUUACCAAUUUAAAACUAAUCUUUUGGAAUAGUUAAUUUUGUGAGGAAAUUGCAGGCUUUCCACAAGGUUAUUGAUAUUUCGCCCAUCUUAGGGAGAAGAGUGUUACUGGUCUCACUUAAUAAGUUAUUUACUGUGAGCACUCCAAGCAUUAUAAAUAUACUCUAGAUCUGUCCUUCAGAAUUACAUUGUUGUCCUAGAAUAUAUUUCUUAUGUGUGCAAUCUUUCAUUAUGAAUACUAUUGUGCAGGCUUGUGUUUAAGCACUUGCCUGGCAGCUUAUGGGGACAAGGAUUUGCAUGCAGGUGAGUGAGUAACCUGGUAUAGAAUGGGUAAAGCACAGUUUCCUCCUUGGAGCCCACCAUCACACACCAGGGUGCUAGAGGAAGGACAGACGUCUCCAUCUGACCUCUACUGGCUCCCAGAAGGCUAGAAUUUAUUAUUAUUGUUGUUGUUGUUAUUUGGCAGGCCUAUAAAAUUACAAGACUGCUAUGCUUUCCCUCCUUCAAACCUUAAUUUCUCCAAAUUGUUCUGAAAUGUUAUGUUUUUUGAAUCUACAUAUCAUAUUACCACUUCUCUUAUGCCUUUGUCUCUGCUUUCCAUAUAAAGAAAUGUGCACACACUAGUGUCUUUUCAGUUCUUCAUAGCUCCAAAGAAAGGCACAGAUUGUUAAUGUUGAGAUGAUGACUGGAAAAGACAUAACAUCUAUUGUCAUUUCCUAGUUGAUGUCUUUGUUUACGUAGAGCCCUUAAGAGGAGCACAUGAGGUGUCAUGAUUCAUCAGUGCGUCAGCAAAGCUAAUUUCCCCCAAGUAGAGAGAAAUCUCAAUUUGUUCAGUCUUUAUAGUCAUUGAUGACAAGCUUUUGAUGUGAAUCAAUCCCAUGAUGGGUCCUUGCUAAAUGUUCUGUGUGUAAUAUUAAUUUCAUUUACCCUUGAACAAAAUUCACUUAGGGCAAAAGUGAAAUACAACAUCUUAAAAACAUGCAGCACACUUGCCUCAUUGAUCAUGGUUCCUUUUCGUAUUUGAGUGGGCAAGGAUGAAUUCUUAAUUAGGACACAGGAACUUUAAAUGCCCAUGUUUUAAAAGACUACCUGUAAAAGUGAGUUCUGCUGUUGAUUCUGACCUUGUAAACAUAAUGCAGCAUGAAAUGUCCAUUCACAUUCAUGUCAAUGUGAUUUAUUUAUCCCAAGCCCAAGCUGCAGGGGGCUUUCCGGAUUUCAGCAUAUGAAGGAUGAGAAUAACAUGAACAUGCCAGAGAGGGAAGGAUCCUAGCCAGUGGUUUACUCUGAUACAGCACAGACAUUGGGACUGAAGUCUCACCAUCUAUUUUUCUCUUGAAUAUUUUUGACAGGCAUAAAGAUGAGAAACUGAUCAAAUGCAGUCAGUAUGAUGGUCUUAUAGAAUUGGCAACAAUCUGUGCCCUUUGCAACGAUUCUUCUCUGGAUUUCAAUGAGGUAAGUAUCUCCUCCUAAUUCAAGAGAGGGAGCAAAGUGGUUGCUGUUGCUCUCCUAUGUUAGAAAGGGCUGCAGCACAAGUGUCAAGGUACAUUCCUCCCAUCCUCUUUGAUUAAGGGUAUUUAUCUGUUCACAGGAACAGAUACUUUUCCUCAAGGGUGUGUUUGUUUAGUCUUUUAUGCACCUCUUUUCCAGCAGUUGUGUCCAAGACGACUUUCUCAGUUGUUUUCGGUUAUUAAAUCUGUACAAAUACAUAGCAAACGAAAUAAAUAAAAGUAUACAGCAAAUGAAAUAACAAUUCAGCAGCAAGAUAUCCAAACCAAGGCCUCAAGUGAAAACAACUAAAAACAGCCACAGACUGAAUCAGAUUUUAAUGUUGCAUCUAAAUAUCAACAAUGUAGGUCUUGACCAGACAUCCCCACUAAGGGAAUUUAAGAAGUGGGGUUGCCACAAUCCAACAUAUUUAUACUUUCCUGAUAGAUGCAUUUCUGACACCUGUAAAAGAAGCCUUGUGUGCAUAUCUACUAUCUAGGUAUUUUCCUGAAUCCUGUGAAAAGUGACUGUGCCUGCACCAGUUAGUUUUUCAUGAUCUGGGAAACGUAUAGUUUUAUCUUGGCGCUGAAGAGCUUUGGUGUUGUAUGAAACAAUGCAUACAUGAAUUCAUACAAAGGACUCAGUGACAGAUAUGAGAGCACCUAAGUCUGAAGCUAAACAGGUGUUAACUUGAACAGCCCCUUGAAUUAGUCUGGAAGCUCCAUUUUACAGCCAAAUGGGGGCUUUGCAUCGAGCGGGAGUGCAGGAGUAAGGAAAAAUAUGGGGAAAGAAGGCCAGAAGAAAGAGGCGCUUGUACACAUGGUUGGUUAUACAAUAUUAGCUUGAAAAAGCACUUCCAUAAUGAGUGCUGGAUGAGAUGCACCUUUAAAAUAGUUAGGCGGAACAGCCAAGGGAAGUGGGCUUUUGAGACAAGGUAGUGUAUUCUUCUAAUUAACAAAUAGGUUUUCUUAUGCUGAGCCUGUGCUGAUAGUCCCCAUACCAACUGCAAAGAAUGUGACUUACACAUACAAAUAAAAGACAGUGACCUUUUUGGUACUGAGCAGGACAGAGGAAGGUAAAACGUUUGGAUAAAGGAGCAUAAAUAAUAGGCAAGGGUUAACAUAGCAGAACAUGCAGGACAGUUAUGCUUCUUUGGGUUGUUUAUGCAAAAGUUGAUCUAGAAGGAAGUAACUUGAUAGAUGCAGUGGGGAGAAAGGUCACAGACAUGAGUGGAAGAAGUCAAAGUGUAAGGCUGCAGAGUGAAUCAAGAGAAAGUAGUAGACUGCCGGGAACGAAACCCUUAGAAACUAGGGCUUGAAGUGUCAUUAGAAAGUAUAGACAAGUAUGAGCAAACACUUGAAAGGGCUGAUGUGGCUUAGACUUAUGUUCUCACUGUGCCAGUCUACUUACUGCUACAAAAUGGGGGCCUCUUAUGGCACUUAAGGUACAAAUGCAAGUCAAGGUAAGCCCCCCCCCCCCCCCCAGGUCUUCGUGCGCUGGAAAAGGAAGCAAUAAUUGAUACAGUACAAAAAUAUAUUUUCAAUAAAAUCCAUUAUUGCAUAAAUAGAUUUUAUUACAAAUUCUGGUUUUGUUUUCAUUUUAAAUAAGAAUUUUUGGAUGUCUGUUAUCAAGAAGACUCCCAAGAUAUGUAAGUGAUAGGCAAACUGUGAUACUAAUCAUGCUAAUAACAUUUUUGUUAAAGGCUAAAGGAGUGUAUGAAAAGGUUGGUGAAGCCACAGAGACUGCCCUCACGUGUCUGGUGGAGAAGAUGAAUGUGUUUGACACAGAGUUGAAAGGACUGUCCAGAAUUGAACGGGCGAACGCUUGCAACUCGGUCAGUACUUCUGAAGUAAUACACAGCAGAGAACCAAGUGAAACUCUUCUCCUUUCAUGCAGGUUCAUUGCACUGCAAUUCUGACUUCUCCAUCUUCCCACCUCCUUCCUGCAGGUGAUAAAGCAACUCAUGAAGAAAGAGUUCACCCUUGAAUUCUCAAGGGAUAGAAAGUCCAUGUCGGUGUACUGCACUCCAAACAAGCCCAGCCGGACUACUAUGAGCAAGAUGUUCGUUAAGGCAAGUAUGCUUCAUGGAAGCAGGCAGUUGUACUCAGCUGCAAGGCAGCAUGGCUCUUGAAGUUGUGCCAGAACAAAAUUGCAGUGGCGUCUCAAAAAAUAAAUCUGUGCUUAGUAGUAUUCGACCCCUGCAGUUGAGUGAGCUGCUUUAAUUUUAUUUUAAUUUUUUCCCCUUGAUGGCUUUGUGGUGUGAAGGCAAGUGAUUGUGAUUCUGAUCUUUCCUGGAAAGCUAAUUGGCUCCCACUUUGUGCUCCUGCAGGGUGCCCCCGAAGGAGUAAUUGACAGGUGUACACACAUCCGCGUUGGAAGCACUAAAGUGCCAUUGACACCAGGAAUUAAGCAGAAGAUCAUGAGCGUCAUCCGAGAGUGGGGCACAGGCCGAGAUACCCUGCGCUGCUUGGCUUUAGCAACACACGACAAUCCACCAAGAAGGGAAGACAUGAAAUUAGAGGAUUCUGCAAAUUUCAUUACUUACGAGGUUGGUUAACUGUCAAAUUGCAGCUUGAGGAGAAUGGCAGACGUUUCCUAAAACAAAGUGAGUUUUGUCUUUGGAUGGAAACACCAAGUGUGCCACUUGAAGCUCCUUGGAGGAAGGGAUGUAGCUGAUGUUAGUUUGUAACAUUUAGCAUCUCCAUCCUAGUACCAUCCUAAUAUAUUGUGCAUUUAUCACUAGGCAUCCUGCGUCGUGUUCAUGCCCUUGCAACUAACACAGCUGGUGAUAAACCCCACCUAAUCCUAGGCUACAAAAAUUUACCUAGGGCUGUCUAGUCUCCAUUCCUUACCUAUAGAAUGGGAACAGUAGCAACUGACCUCUGUGGAUUGUUGGGAAGAUGAACAAAUUAAAACAAAAAUGCUGUACAAGCAGUAAUAGCAGUGCCUUUUUCCUAGAAAAAUAGGUACUCAUCAUGAAGUUGUUACAGUAAGUGCCACACUCUUUAACCAAAAAAAGAGGCUUCAGUACUGCGUACCCUUGAGUACCCCCUCAAAAAAAAAACACCUGACAAGUAAUAGUAUAACAAUGGUAAAAGACAUAUUAGUUCUGUUCAGCAACUUAAGGAUGUGUGCCUUUUACCUUGUUACUGGAAAAUCUGAAUGCUUAAUGAGGUUUAUUCUUGUUUCAGACCAAUUUGACAUUUGUUGGCUGUGUGGGGAUGCUGGAUCCCCCACGAAUUGAAGUGGCAUCAUCCAUAAAGUUAUGCCGGCAAGCUGGUAUUCGUGUGAUUAUGAUAACAGGGGACAACAAGGGGACAGCAGUGGCCAUCUGUCGUCGUAUUGGCAUCUUUGGGGAAGAAGAAGAUGUCACCACGAGAGCCUUUACAGGGCGUGAGUUUGAUGAACUUUCCCUGGCUGCCCAGAGGGACGCUUGCCUAAACGCGCGCUGCUUUGCCCGUGUGGAGCCUUCCCAUAAGUCUAAGAUUGUUGAGUUUCUCCAGUCUUUUGAUGAGAUCACAGCUAUGGUAAGUGUGAGAGGUGGGGCAUUAGAUAGACGGCAACUUCUUGUGUAGAGAAAGAUCUGUGUACUAGUUGAGGGGAGGGGUCUUUAUGCAGUUGCAUUUUACCGAGGUUCCAAACAGUUCUCUCCCAGCAUGAAGGUGCAGAAUAGGCUAGAACAUACAUUAGUCCGCCCUAACUUGCUGCCAAGUUAUCAGAUGAUGAAGAUGGGGCUGUGCCUGGAACCAGUUCUGCUGUAUGCUGGCACAAUGGGCCAUGUCAGUGCCCCCGCUUUUCAAACUUUCUCUUUCAGACUGGAGAUGGUGUAAAUGAUGCCCCAGCACUGAAGAAAGCAGAGAUUGGCAUUGCUAUGGGGUCAGGCACCGCAGUGGCAAAGACAGCUUCAGAAAUGGUGCUGGCUGAUGACAACUUCUCGACCAUUGUAGCAGCUGUGGAAGAAGGACGUGCAAUCUACAAUAACAUGAAACAAUUCAUUCGCUACCUCAUCUCCUCCAAUGUCGGAGAGGUCGUAUGGUAGGUGUGCCAAGCAGACUCAACUCCCCUCAAGAACUGCACAAGUGAACUUUGUUGAUAUAAAUUGAGCAGGACUGGCCUCCUGGGACAAAUUCAAUCCAGAGGUGGCUAACAAGUGACUUAGGGAACCUUUCCCAUCCCCCCUUAAACAGAAGAAAAUGUCAGAGGAUGGAUUUGGAGAGUUCUUAGUGGCAACUCAGCUCUGGACAGUUUGUUAGCAAAGACCAUAGAUAUGCCAAACCAGAGAGCUUUUAAAUGCAAACUAGAGCUUUAAGUGUAACAAUGUAUUCUUUAGAACCACUUCUGCUAUUUUGGGUAAUGAAAAAGUGAUUUGCAAAGACACACUGAAUGUCCGUAGUUACCAACGACUAUCAUUCUCAUCCCAAUUUCAAUGCAGCACUCAAGUUCUCCUUUCCAUAGGCUGCAUAGGACUUGCCUUGGUUGUCAAAUAGCGUCAAGAACUGUUAGGAUUGCAGCCAGUUUGAAUACUUGACUCUUAAAUAGUUGUAACCCAGUUUCCUCUCAUGCUGUGAAAACCCGAAGUACAACAUAUCCAUUAAAUCCUUCAGUUAACAUGAUUAAUCUUACUUCUGCUCUUUUUUUGACAGUAUCUUCCUGACUGCUGCCUUGGGUUUCCCUGAAGCUUUAAUUCCUGUGCAGCUGUUGUGGGUAAACCUUGUGACUGAUGGACUCCCUGCUACUGCUCUGGGAUUCAACCCCCCUGAUCUUGACAUCAUGGACAAACCACCUCGUAAUCCCAAAGAGCCCUUGAUCUCUGGGUGGCUCUUCUUCCGCUACUUGGCCAUUGGAUGUGAGUGUUGAUUUUGGAUUUCCGAACCCCUGGAUAGAACAAGAGGUUUUCUGCUUUCCCCCUUCCCUCAUUCCCAGUACCUCCCUGUUCCCUUCCCUUCUCCUCUUGGCUCUUACACAAGUGAGUCCAAUUAGGGCAGCAGCAUGGCAUCAGCCGGUCCGCAUUGCAAUUCGGCAGAAUGGUAGAAGUUAGCUUAAAGGUACUGAAACUUGUUAUCACAUGCUGUUGCUGCAUCCUUUCCUCCUCACCUUCCUUUCUCUUGGCAGUUGCUAAUCUUGCAGAAGAUGGCUGCAAAGUGCCACUUGGACCAGUGUCUCUCAAACUUGGGUUGCCAGCUGUUGUUGGACUGCAACUUUCAUCAUCCCUAGCUAGCAGGACCAGUGGUCAGGGGAGAUAGGAGUUGUAGUCCAACAACAGUUGAGGACCCAUGUUUGAGAAACUCACUUUGAACAGUUUACCUACCAAGCUAAAUCUACUUCUGAACUCUCCAUUUUAACUAAGCACCUAAAAUGUUUUUUUAAAGCCAGCAUUGCCUUGGAUUGAAUUAUCUGAUAAAAUAAUUUGUGUGUGUGUGUUUGUAGAAGAGUUAACUUCCAUUAGGCAGGUUUUCAGUGAGGAAAGUGUAAGUGUGUCUUGCACAGAGCUCUGGCCCCAUCUCUGGGUCUGUUUUUAAAUGAGAUAUGUGGUGCUGGAAAGAAUCCAGUUGUGGUUACUUGGCAUUCAAGAUAUGAGCAUGGAUAGCAAUUGCAGGAAAUGGGCAAGGGUUACACAGUAACCUAUUGUACAGAGGAGAGAAAGUUCAGGUGAGGUGAGCAGGCAAUACAGUUGGCCCAUUAUUCAGCCUAGAAAGAACUAAAAUUAUUUAUUUCCCCCCCCCCCCCUUAAGGCUACGUUGGAGCUGCUACGGUGGGAGCUGCUGCUUGGUGGUUUAUUGCUGCUGAUGGUGGCCCAAGAAUUACCUACUACCAGCUGGUAAUAUUUUCUUCUCCAUAUUUCAACAUUAGCAUUAUUUGAAUAAGGCUUACAUUUUUGUAGUGCUGUUGGCUAACUAUGGUGUUUAAGUGGAAUGCACUGGUAUCUUUUCAAAAUAACACCAGUUCUUAUCUUUGGAAAGAUCUUACACAUGUCAAAAAACUAAUUCCAGCUUAAAAUAAAGAUCAGAUUAGAGUGUUUAAGGAAAAGCUUUGGUUUGUUCAACUUUAUAGCUGAACAACAACAAGAAUUAUAAUGAUGGUUGAUAGCACAAGAGUAUUUUGAUGAGCUGCAGCCGGGGGACGAGGAGCAGUAAUGUCAUGAGUGUACUUAACUAACUUGUAUUUGUGUUCACAUUUUCCAGAGCCAUUUUCUGCAGUGCAAAGAGGACAAUCCAGAUUUUGAAGGUGUUGACUGUGUGGUCUUUGAGUCUCCAUACCCUAUGACAAUGGCACUUUCCGUCUUGGUCACUAUAGAGAUGUGUAAUGCACUCAACAGGUUGGUGUGCUUGAAAUGGAUGCUUUCAUGUGCCGUGUGUCGGUGAUGCGGUGAUGGGAGCACUAGAUUGCAUCAUGCUAUUUGAAGAACUUGCCUUGACUGCAGAAGUUCUGCAUUUGGGUGAUUUUCACUGUGUUUCUGGAAUUCAGUGACUUUAGGGAUUCAGCUACUUUUACUUUUUUUAACAAUGGAUUUAAAUAAAUCAAUGAAGGAGCAGUACACAAGAUGGGGCAGAAGAAGUGGCUUUUUCAUCUGCAGAAACUGAAGAGAAAUAUUGCCUGCCUUGAGCUUCACAGGACAUCUGUCUCGGCACCGUCAGAAGCAUUGCAACGUUAGACAGGCUUGAUCCAGUGUAAUGUAGAUAUAUGGAGCAGGAUCUGGGUCAGCAGUUUUUGCAGAACAUUGGCAGGGAGCUAUUAAAGCAGGUGGACCUUUCACUAGAGAGCUGCUGAUGGGUUGUGGGCCUACAAAACUGGGCACUAGGAGAAAUGCCUUGUGCUGUAGCACAUGCAUGCACUUGGUAUCAUGGCAGCCAGAACUGGAAAAAACAAAAGAAGAGUUUUUAAAGCUAGUGGAAGGGGAAAGUAGAGUGGCAGACUCUCUGAGCCUGCCGAAGAUAAGAGCUGGUGAAGUGCAGUGGCUUUGAGCAGGAGCUGUGAGCCCUGGGUCAAGUCACACAUAGAUGGCCUUUAGGCAAGCUGCUGUGAACUGUGAAGCUUUAUGUACGCCUUCAUUCUUUUUUUCAGCCUGUCAGAGAACCAGUCCUUGUUGCGGAUGCCUCCUUGGGAGAACGUCUGGCUGCUGGGUUCCAUUUGCUUGUCCAUGUCUCUUCACUUCCUUAUCCUCUACGUGGAGCCACUGCCAGUAAGUUUGCAUAGCUCAUGUUCCAGGACAAGUCUUGAACCAAGCAAGAAAAGCUCUUGGUCAUCCCCAGCUCUCUUACCCCUCAGCUCAGUCAAAAGGCUUCACCAAUAAUGCUAUUUCUCUUCCAUUCCCCAGCUGAUCUUCCAGAUCACACCUCUGAAUCUGACCCAGUGGCUGAUGGUGUUGAAAAUCUCGCUGCCUGUCAUCCUGCUGGACGAGACACUUAAAUUUGUGGCCCGUAACUACCUAGAGCCUGGUAAAGAUAGUGUGCCACCUGCCACCAAGCCACGCUCUUUGUCCGCAUGCACCGAAGGGAUUUCCUGGCCGUUUGUGUUCAUUACCCUACCCUUGGUUAUUUGGCUGUAUAGCACAGACACUAACUUUAGCGACAUGUUCUUUUCUUGACCUGAAGAGAUAACAGUUUGACAGAGAGAUGUUUAACUUAAAUCAAUUUUUUUAUUGUUUAAAGCAAUUGUCUUAUUCUGCUGAAUUUUCACAUGAACAUAUUUGCCAGUGUCUGAGGUUCCAUAUUCUAUGCCAGCCCUUCCCCAUCCCGGCGUCCUCCAGAUACCUGCUGUUACAACUCCCAUCAGCCACAGCCAGCCCACCUGUGCUUGCGAGGCCCAAUGGGAGUUGUAUCCCAGACACCUGGGAGGGGCACCAGGUUGUGGAAGGGCUGAUCUAGACGUUUUGGGUUUUUUCUUUUACUUCCCCUGACCCGACUCCUGUGGAGGAGUAGCAUUUCUCCCCACCCCCUUUUAUACACAUCUAGGGUGUCCAUUGACAUGUACAGAGAAAUUUAACACUAUUUUAUGCAAAUAUUUUUUGUAGAGGAGAAGCAUGUACAGUGUUCUGUUUAAUAGUCAACUCAUCCUUGUAAAAACAAACAAAAAAGUGCUUUGCGGGGGGAGUGCCAGUGGACACUAUAUUGAGCAAACUGUAAUUGGUAGCAGAUUUUAGGGAAUGAAUGUUUUUGUGUGUGUUUUCUUAAACUAAAAAGCAUGCAAUUGUUUAUGUCUUCUGCAUGGUCACCUAUUCUUAAUUUGUCAUUCAGCUGGUUUUUUUCUGCACUGGGCAGAUGUAUACUGCUACCUCAGUAUCUACCCCCCUUUUUUGCCCUUUCCAAUAUUUUUAAAUAACAACUGAAUCUUGUUUACACCUGUAUUUGUAAGAGGUAUGCUUAUUUUUGCUGGUGCAGAAAAUACCACUCCAGGGGCAACCUAUUACUGUUCUCCUCCUCAACCCCCCCAUCACAUGUAGAUUUUUUUAAAACAAAAAUAUUAUUUAUUUAAAUAUCUUAUGUAUUUUUAUUGUAACAGCAUUUUCACCAGCAUUGCCCACUUUGGGAUGGUGGGGAGAAGCAGGAAAGGUAAAAGGCUACCUGGAUAGACUUCAGGCAAAGCAAAAAAAUAAAAAAAAAUAAACUUUUUUUAAUUGAGAAAAUUUUGUUUCUCAUUUCAUUUAUACCUUGGAGGCUGCUCCAUUUUAAUUAGCAAAAUCCAUGCGUCAAUAUUUUUUGUGUUCUUUUUUUUUAAGUGGGGGCAUUCAUAAUGGGACCUGGAAACAAAGGACUUGCGUUUGCACAGCUGGAGUUCUCACAGGGUCUUUUUUUGGUUAGGUCUCUUAACUCUCAGUGCCACAUCUUGGGAUAUAGUCUGCUGGCCACAUCUUACCCUGAAGUGGCAAAGUAACAAAUUUGUGUGUGUGUGCGUGUGCGUGUUACGUCUCUGUGUGUGUUUUUGUAAAAUCUGUAAAUACCACAUGACCAAAUGAACAUAUUGUAUAGAACUAUUUUUAUUUUUAAUGUGGCACUAACCACCAUCAUUCUAUUGCGAUAAAUGUUACCGCAUGUUGUGUUUCCCCCCCUCCAAAUUGAGUCCUGUAUCAACAAUGUGUAAGUUCAUUAACAGUCCUAACUGUGUGGUGUUUCUCUCCAAUGCCUUCCAACAUUCAUCGACUGAAGUGAGUAUCUCUCUUCCAUUUCACCAUUCCAGUGGUGAUGUGCUGUGUUAAAAAAAGAUAGCAUAUGCUGUAUACAUGUCAAAGAAUAAAUGCUAAUUUUCCCUUCAUUCCAUGCUGCGUUUUGUCAGAUAUUCUGCUGUGCUACAUUAUUAUCACCACUCUUCACAUUCUGCCUCCAGUAUCAUAAGGCUCAGAUGUCUUGAAGAACAAGCAUAUUUUGCGCCCCCAAUUUCUAUCGGGUUAAAUCUUUAGAACCAAGCUAGCAAGACCUGUGCCCUGAAAGUAUUAGAAUUAACAGCGUUUCCCCUUCCUAAAUUCACAUUAAACUCUUCCUUAGCAACUGUCAGCACCUCCAGGGUGGCUUUGCUGCAGUGGAAGCUUUUUUAGAUAAUCUAAUUUGUCUUCCCUACAUCUCAAAAGUAAUAGACAUCCUUGAACAUGGGUCCCAAUUAGCUGGUUGUAGUUUUCAUACUGUACUUUGAUGCUCUUGGACGACUUCUUUGUUUUGUUAUAAAGGUGUCAUGAACCAUUCCAGAUAACAGGUAUUAACUUCAGAAGGCCAAAGGUCUUCCAGUUACAUUCUCUCAGGUAUUGUGUUUCUAACAGAACAGUAUCUUGAUAGUUCUCAGUAAGUAGAGACUCUUCUUGUUUCCCACAAAAACAGCAACGGAGCAGUCAAAUGAACAUAACACGGUUGAACGCCGAGGGACUGGGGGACAUGUUCUGUCAAAACGGCAGAGAGCAUGCUGGCUUUGCAGUGUUUUCAGUCACCAGCUAGGGCACUCUUCGUUUAGGAGCUGGAUGGAUUAAAAUUUGGCAAGAGUCCUUUGAAGAGUCUGUGACUAGCACAGAAUGCUUAGUGAUGGGUAAGCUCAAAGCGCUCUGGGGUGUAAAGUGAAAUCCCUUGCAGAUGGAAGGUUUCACUAGCAGACAUGUUAAAAAUGUGGACCUUGCAACUCAGGAGUGUGUUAGGAGCACAGCAGCAAGCAGUAAGCAGCCUUCUUAGGCAAAGUUUUCAUGUCAUCCUAAAUCUAGACUCUAGUGCUGACCUUAGUGCACAUGCUAUCUGCACACCUCCUUGCCUUGGUCUGGUUUUGCCGCCAGUCUACUGAGCUUGGAAAUGGGAAUCAGCACGAUAUUAUCAGUGCAGGCUGACUUCUGUGACAGGGAUAGCUAAUCUGUGACCUGCCAGAUAUUGCUGGACUACAACUUUGUCUCUGACCAUUCUCUGCUACUCAUUGGGGCUAAAAACACUGCCAAAGGUAGCUCAGUUAAGUAGAGCAUGGUGCUGAUAAUGCCAAGGUUGCAGGUUUGAUCCCUGUAUGGGAUAGCUACACAUCCCUAUGUUGCAGGGGGUUGGACUAAAUGAUCUUUGGAGUCCCUUCCAACUCAUUGGGCCUAAUGGAAGCUGGGAGUCAAACAGCAUCUUCAAGGCCACGGAUUAGCCAUUCAUAGGCAGGCCCAGAAGCAUCAGCUUCUGGCUUCUUGACACCUGCACUAUAGAGUGGCCAUAUUCUGUCUAGCUGUAGGUCUCAUUUCCUUCAGCUGUCCCUUCCUUGCUCCUCACAAAAGUGAACACAAAGACAACCCCAAUGUAUCUCAGUAUUUUAUUUAACAUUCUCAAAGUAAAAGAGUACAGGUCCCUUUCUUGAUGGGAUUACCGGUAUAAUCUCAGAUUUGACGGGGGGGAGGGUUCAGCAGAGAAAACUCUUUCUCAGUUACAUGGAUUUAGGAGGACUAAGCAGGUAUGCCAAAGACCUCACAGGAGGCUGGGGGAGGUUUUGAAGAGGAAGCAAGAAAUGGCAUUGUGCAAAUGUUCUAGGAAGUAGCAUCACCCAUGAAGGUCUGGAAGGGAGAAAGAGCAGAGUUAAGAGGAAGCUAAAACUUGCAGAGGUCCCUUACUAAACACUAAGCAUAUUUGGGGAACAAGAAUCCUUUAUGUCUGGAGUCUUAUGUGUGUGAAUGUUCACAUGAAAAGCCCAGCUUAACCAAAUGAAAAUCGAAACCACGGUGGAAGUCCCUAUUUCAGUUACUCAUCUUUACAAGUGGCAGUGAGCUUGAUGAUGCUGGUGGCAGAGGCUGGUGGCAGUUGGAAUGCCAGCCACAUUUGAGGGGCCACGCAGGUAAGGGCAGGUUACCAAAAUUGCUGUUUCUGAAAAGCAAUGGAGCACACCAGUAACUUUCAAGCCCACUUGUAAGAGGGUUCUUGCACGGAUAUCCAUUUAGCCCAAAUUGUUAACAACUUGGAGUGUUUGUAAAGGUAGACAGUUCUUUAUUUUUUUAUUUAAAAAUCUGUUGUGUUUUGAUCUGCCUUCCAUUUCUCACUGUGCUUUUCAGUUGGUUUAGACUGUUCUUGUCUCAGUGUUUCUCACCCAGAUGAGACAUCUGCAUAGCUGUAUAGGGCAGUGGCACAGAAUCCUGUGAUCAUCCCAAUGGUGCCAGACUUCAAAUCCCAACAGUCCCAACCACUAUGGUCAAAGGGAAUGAUGGGAAUUGAGGUCCAACCACAUAGGAUAGGCACGGCUGGGGUAGAUGAGUCAAUAGUUUAAUUGGUAUAGGAUAGCUUCAACGUUAAUCUCUGAAGCACAGCUCCAGCACACUGGACUUGCUCCUUCGUCUCUCAUCUCCCUUUUAACUGAAUUAGGGAGAUAAUAAGACAUACAUUUGUGGUAUAGUAAGCCAUCUAAUUAAAUGAUAUUUGCAAUUCACAAUGCCAGUUAUGGUAAGCAAUAUAUUUCACCAAGGGAAGCACACAUUCUGCCAGGAGGUGAAGCCUUGUAAGAUGGCUAGUCAUCAACUUUUCCAUUAGUGGAAGGAAUUAGUGAAGCUUUUUCAAAGUGCUUUGAACCUUGCAGUGACCCCUUUGGAAAGGGGCACCGGGUGCCUUCCCCUUCUCACUGAAUAAGGAGUUGUUGUCUUUCCAAGCAGAACUUAACCCUAAAUCUCUUAACUCUUAAAGCCCAGUGCAACCUUCGGUGGUUCUCACACCACCAUGGGUUGGGUGAAUAUGGUAACUUUUCUAAGGCCAUCCAGUAAGCUUAGAAUUGAACCUGUGGCUCUAAUGUUAAAAACCUGAUGGAGCAGAGUCACAAUUCAGGGAGGACAUACUUUUCCUCCAUAGGAUCCCAGGUUCAAUUAAUGCCCCCUCAGGUGCAGUAACGAUGGGAAACACCUUUGCUUGGAACCUUGUACAGAUGCUGCCAGUUGAGGUUGACCAGCCUUCCUCCAGCCUGGUGCCUUCUAGGUGAGGUUGGAUUUCACAACUCCCGUCCGCCCCAGCCAACAUGGCCCAUGGGCAGCGGGGAUGGGAGUAGCAAUCCACAAAGCAUCUGGAGGAGGAUACAUUUGAUUAAUAACUUGACUUAGUCCACAGCAUUUUGGGGGUGAAGCUUUCUUUUCUGAUAAACAUUCAACAAUUUAGAUGUUAAAAGAAUGGCCAAAUAGUGUUUAUUUUCUCCCCGUUUGUUUACCAGUACAAGUGGUGUCUUAAAUCAACAGGGGAUUUUUUAUUGUUUAAACUGAAUGCAAAGCAGCUUUGUGGCAAUUCGCUUUUUUUAUGCUGUAGUUUUGCUUAAAUUAGUGUUUAAUAUUGGGGAAUCUUAACUCUGUGGUGAUAAAAUGCAGUACAGCAGUUCUAGUGUCUCCCAAGGACGCAGCCAAUAAGAGGCUUGAACGAUGAGCAAACUGGAUGGGUGAGGCGUAGGUAAAAACAGCUCAAGUUGUCUGUCCUUGCACUUGUCUUGUUUUACUUUUUGCACUUCUUAACCAUCGUUUCCCUAAUUUCUGCUUAUUGCAUUAAAACAAACAAUAAUAAUAAUGAAACACUAACACAGAGAGUAAAAAGAUCUGCAUAUUUUCUAACACAAACUCUGUGGGACAGGAUACUGCAAUUGUACAAUAACGGAGUUGAAAAUUGCUAUAGAACAGCAGAGGCAAAUAGGGCAGGGGCUGAAUCAUGAUGCAAGCUUCAUUCUGGACAAGGCAGGUGUAAGGAUUUGGGGUACAUGCCCAGGGCACCAGUUGGCGCAAAAUGUCCACGUGCAAUGGAGCUGGCCAACCAGGCAAUGCUCCAGCGAUGUUGGUGUGUCUUCAACCAGCCUCCACCUGCCAGCCCUCUUACUCAAAGAAAACCAGGGAGCGGGGGGGGGGGGUGCUGUUGUCAGCUUCCUCCUUCUUAGUCUCAGUGUUGAUGUUGCAGAAGAGGAGGAAGGGGGCAAAACGAGAAUGAGUUGGUGCUGCACGUCACUGGGUCAGGCAGAGGCAGAGGCCAUCGCUGGCUCUAGUUCUCCCUAUUGUUAGGGAUUUCUGCCUUCCAUUCUGCCAGCCAUCAAUGUCCACAUGUUAACUCUGGGCAAAUAAAGUUGGUGGGUGGGGUCUCAACAGGACUCUGCCUUGUAAACAAUCUCUUUUGAAAUGAAAGGAAACGAAAAGGGCAGGAGGUGUGUCACCCAUCCCGGACACCACCCCUGCUCCUGGUUCUUGUAUGUCUCCAUGAGCACAAGGCUGGCAUGCCAGUGGUUCUGGUGGCAAAGCUUUUCUGGAAGGAAGAAGGUUUCAGUAGAUGGACUAGCCCUGCAGCCUUUAUGUUGGCUCACCUUUUUAGUGUAUUUGGGGGGUCAGGGAGAGACAGGCUAGGGAAAUAGCUUAAUUCCUUAUUGUACCUAUUUCCUUUUAAUAAUUUCCAAGGUACCAGUUGCAUUCCAAACUACUGGGGCAUCCUAGACAUCCUAUGCUAAGGGGACUUGCAGUUUAAAGACCUCCACAAAAUACCACAAAAUUAUUAGAAAUUGAGAGAAAGUUUAAAAACAAACAUUGAAUGAGAAGCAGUGCUGUUGCCUGGGGAGAAUCUGAAAGGGAGACUGGUUGAAUGGACAGCCAGACUGACCUGUUUGCUAGGUGGAAAUACGUAAAGCAAGCAAAAAUGGAUUAACAGAACCACUUCUCUUUUUGCUGCAAAGUUAAUUGCACACUAGGAAACUGAAUGGUAGGAAUUUGUUAGGGCCUGAGAGCUCCAACAUGCUGUGGCUAAUCUGUAACUCUUAAUUCACCGCAGACAAGCCAUUAACAUCCAACAAGUGAUGAAAAAGGAUGUGUGAACAUAUUUUGGUUACUCCUCAGGGCUUUGGCAACAGCAUUUUUUUCUCACCUCACUAAAGGUUUGGGAGGGAAGGGCUUGUGGAAGGGAUGGGAAGCAUUCAGAGGCUGUUGGACCACAGCUCCCUUCCUCCUUGGGCACUGGCCUGUAUGGCUGGAGCUGAUGGGAGUUGGAGUACAAUAGUAUCUGGCAAGGCCGCAGGUCCCCCAUCUUAGUAACUUAACAGUGAAAGGGAAAUUUGUCCCUGUGUACUGGAAAUGGACAAUUUUAUGAAGUACAGUAUCUUUAGCCUCCCUUGUACAACAGCUACUAAAUAAAAAGAUUUGGCAGUUUGGCUAAAGUUUUUAAGGAUUGGCUUAUGGGGCAAAUAGCGAGUGGAAAUCUCUUAACUAGAUGUCCUUCCAGCUUUUAAUUCUCUGUCAUACUUUUCUGAUUAACUUGGAUUCUCCCAUUUGAAAAUGAGAGGAUGCUUAUCAGACUGUUAGAAUUUAAUUCUAUCGCUUUUGAGCCUUUUAAAAAUUACAAUAAUGUCCUUGCUUUUAUUAAGCCUUCUUUAUCCAUCCUUUUCACUAACGUUUUCUCUCUCUCUCUCUCUCUCUCUCUCUUUUUAUUUACAGCAAAACUGGAGUAAUCACUUAGUCCUAGACAAAUUUUGCAGAAUUGUAAGGUUAAUUUUCUUGCAUGCGUCUUUAGGAACGCAUCUACCGAAAACAUCUGCAUGAGUCUUGUAAAUGGGAAAAUAAAAAUCUCUCUUUAAGGAGGGAGAAAAAAAUAGAACUGAAAACUCGUGUUCCACGAAGGAAGUGUGUGGUGCUCUUAAAAAGCUUCAGUUUAUAUACAGAUCUACCAAUGUGCAAUAUGGUUUUUAACUGAUAAAACAGACCUCUGCGAAGAAGUUUUGGGGUUGCAUGAAGACAAGUCUCCCUAAACUGCUGAGCAAGAAUUAAUGAGUGGUGAUUCGCCAAGUUUUAUCUUUUUUCUUUUUCUUUCCAUACUUCGUUGUGUAAAAUGUCAUAGUUUAUAAAAUGUACAAUAUUGGACUGUAAUGCAUGCUUUCAGUUGUAAGUAGCUGAUAAUCUCUAUUGUAUCUCAACAUAACACUUAAAAACAGCUCUGUACAAUAUGCAAUUCUAUUUAUACAGGUUCGUUGACAACGGUACUGUUGCUGAACGUUUAAGAAACUGUUAAACCUUCAAUUCCAUAACUUCAGCUUAAAAAAAAAUAUCUUGGAGUGUGCAGAUAGGUCUAUUUUGCACUGUAAUAAUGUAACUUAUUUAAAUCUAAAGCCGUAGACACACACCGGUGCAAUACACAUGUUGUGGUGCAUUUUAUCUUAACAACAAAAGCCUAAUAAUGAACCUAGUUCAUAAAACAGCAUGUGUGACCUUUUUUCUUUGUUAGAAGUUGUAAAUAACAUUGUCUGAUUCAAUGCUGAUGGUGACAAGCAUCACACCUGCCAUCCUGGUUUCGGGUAAAAUAAACUUAUUCUAUGAUACAUAGUUUUUGUGUUUGUUUGGAUAUGCGUUUAGGAACACACAAGCUUCCUUGUAAGCUAAUUCUAAACACGUUUACUGAGAGCCUGUCCUGCACAUGAUGCAGAGUAAGGUGGUAGGAUUCUGGACUUCACUGCUUCAAACUAUUAGAGAGUGCGCAUUUUUAAUGUUCCCUGCAUACUAAAGCAAAAAAUGUCUGCUCCUUUUAUAUACUGAACUAGAACCUCAGAAAGAGAGAGACCAGCCUGUGGGAUCAGGCCAGUAACCCAUCCAUCCCACCAGCCUGUUCUCUCAGUGGCCAACCAGGUUCCACAGUGGGAAACUGGCCAGCAGGGCCUGAGUGGAGCAGGACUCUUCCCACCUGAGAUUCCCAGCCUUCAGAGCCAGUCUGCCUCUGAUCCUGUAGGUGGCAUGUAGCCAUUGUGGCUGGGAGCCACUGAGAGCUCUAUCCUCUAUGACAGUGAUGGCCAACUUGGCCCAACUGCUUUGGGACUACAAUUCCCAUCAUCCCUGACCACUAGUCCUGUUAGCUAGGGAUGAUGGGUGUUGUAGUCCCAAAACAUCUGGAGGGCCGAGUUUGGCCAUCACUGCCCUUUGAGAGAGUGCUUUUCUUUUCUUUUUAAGUCGAGCCCAGUUCCCAUUUUAGGGAGCUUUUCUUACAUGGGAGAAUAUUCAGAGCUAUGAAAUCCCAACCACAGGCUCAGGUGGGAGAGUUCAGAAUUCUGCUUUUCAUUCUAUGUAAUGUGUGGAUUGGCUGGCUCUCAGGAAUAAAAGCACAUUUCACUGGCUGGGAUCCAAAGAACCAAAGAAGGAAGCUUUUGAAUUGGGCUUGUUAGAACGGCACGUUGCACAGAAAAUGCCCUCUGAAGCUGAAGAGGACUUCAAACCCCAUUUGUGAUAUGGCCUGUGCACAUGUCAUUCAAAGGAAAGAGAAUGCCACUUAACACAGUCCCAAGCCCUUGGGUGCUGCUGCUUUGGAUCUGUGACAUCAGUUCCAGUGAGAUUUCCUUCCAAGCUCUUCACACUUUUAAGUUUGUGGCAUUACUUGCGCACGAUUUCCUAGCAAUGCCAGGGCAACACUUCUUCCUCUUAGAACUACAUAGCGUUCCUCUUGGAGUGUGGCAUGACUGGGGUAGAGAGUGUGUGUUAGAAGACAACCUCUAUAUAAUCACCUUUUUCAAAACAAAACAAAAAAU